GCUGCUUUCUGAAGGCUGCCGAGGCGCUGGUCCGGCUGCUUCGAGCUCCUCCAGACUCGCUUCACGCGAAACGUCGCUGCCUGCCAGGUCCCUUCCCCAGCCCCGGGUGGGGUGGCGCGGGUGGUGGGGCGUGGCGCUCCCGGCCUCCGCGAGCGCCUUUUGCAGCCCAGAGCUUCCGGGCGGCGCGCCAGGCGCUCUCCUGCCUGCCUGCCUGCCUGCAGCCCCGGCGGCGCGUCGCGCUCUUGCUCGCCGGGCUGGCGGAGAGGGAAGGCGCUGCCGGAGCCCUCGCUCUCCGUCCUGGGCACGGCGGGCGGGCGAGUGGGGGACCAGGAAGCCCAGAGCAAGAUCCUGGUGGCGGCUUCUGCUCCAGCGCCAGCGGGCGGGGGCGCGCGCGUGUCUAAACGGGCCAGCCGGCCAGGGCUGUUUGCGUAAAGCGCGUACCGGCUCCGAAAAACCGUCGCUUCCAAUGGGUUCCGCGUUGGAUUCCUCGGGGCUUCUCCUGCCCGAGGAUGGUUCGGCUCGCCUCUUUUCCCCGUAAGGUCAUCCAUCCGGGCCCCCCAAGAGAGCGCCCCCACUCUGGACAGGCUUCUCCAGGCGGGCCGAGUAGUGGGCAUGAAGGUGAGUGCGUGGCGCCCGAGGAAGGUUACCUGUUGGCGACAGGUGGGGUGCGGGCAUGGCAGCGCCUCGGAUGGAUGUGCGGGCGCCGAGCUAUAAGCAGCUGAGUUAAAAGCCUGCGAGAAGCGGCAUCAGCAGAGGGGAAGCCGCAAAAACAACCCACCUCGUGACACCUCCAACCAAGGCUAACGGAUGUUUGAUAGCCAGAAGCUUUUGCGGACCAGAGUCCAUGGAAGAACGACGAAGCGGCACCACUUUUGCCAGAUACCCGGCGCAGCCGCCAUCUAUAUUGGCUGGCAGACGAAUGAGCCAUGAGAACGGAGGCAUGCUAGAGUUGCCGGCUGUGAGCCAGGAAGCCCUGAAUUCAGAUGUCACCCUUAAUAUCGCUUAAGUGGUAGCCUUAGGCAAGGAAAACUGCUCUUACCUUCAGUCCCUGGAGUUAAGCAUUUUCACCCACCUUACAGGGUUGUCCUUAGGAGUAUUAAGACAGUGUCGGCAACGUGCUUUAAGCACCCUGGAGUGCUGUGAUAUUGCAGUAAUACAGAAAUAUAAAUAACAACAAUAUUACAGUACUGCUGUUGGGGGGGCGGGCGGAGGAAUUCAUAAGAAGCCCAGCCCUCCCAUUGCACAGGCAGAAUGCAGCAUGAGCAAAAUGCUUUUUUCAUUUUCUCACUGCUUCCCUUUGCUCCCCAAGGUGGCAUGGAGGGGACAGGGAAGAAGGUGGAAUGUCGGGCUUCUGCCUGGUGACGUCUCAGACUUGCCCCAGCUCCCCAAGGGGCUCAUGGAUCCCAUCCCAGAAGAAAGUCUUCUCGAAGUGAUUUGGAAAAAGAUGCACUUGUUCCGCAGCUACAGCUAUCAGAUCCAGCUGGAGGGGCAGGUGGGCAGCACCCCCAGGAUCCAGGGGAUCCGAUGGGUGAGUACCGAUGCUCUGCAGCUGGAUGCUGCGUCUCAACAGGUGGUUUUUGUUGUGACUGGGUAGGCAGGUGGCUCUGAAUGACAGGGAGGCUUCUCCUGACCCCAAGUGAGCAUGUGGAGCCAGUCAGGAUAAGCUACCUGUUUGUCAUUAUGCCCAGAGCUGGUUUUGCAGGCUGCUGUGAGUCAAUGUGAUAGCAAAACCACUGGCACAAACAGGGCCAGGGUUCAGCAUGUUCUUGGCGCCAGAAAAGACAUGAAGCCAUUUUCCAUAACCGGAAUCUCUCUCUCUCUGUGUGUGUGUGUGUGCAUAACCUUUUAGCACAGGGCUGACAAACACUCUCUCAAGUGUCUCCUGGACCAGCGUUCGUAGCACCCAGCCUGUCCACUUUACUUCUUUGGUCGCAAUUGUUUUCAGUGCUGUACUCUGCAGGAGUUGUGUGGCCACUGGCUUUGCUCGGUUUGUCUGUUUCCACACACACCCUUUCUAAUCGUGGCAGUGUAGCAAGAGGUUAAAGCCACUAGGCAUGCAAUCUUUGUUUUUCACAUUUGUACCUUGCCUUCUUCCAAGGAGCUCACUUAAUCCACACUGUAUCUCUGACAGGAGAUUAAAUAACAUGCACACGUCUGUAUAUGUCUACUCAGAAGUAAGUCCCACGGAGUUCAAAGGGACUUGCUCCCAAGUAAGUAGGAACAGAUGCCCAUCCCAAGGAAUUUUGUCAGAGAUGUAAGCCCUGUUGAGAUCUAUUUUCUACUGCCCCUGAGGGUUUGGAGUUCUAGAAUUCCUACAUGGACAGCACAUUAUUAUUAUUAUUAUUAUGUAUUAAGCAUUUAUUUAGAGUUUCUGAGUAUGCAAAGUGCUCUGCAUACCAGCUCAGUAAUCUUCAAAACCGCCAUAUAAACUAGGCCAGUAUUACCCAUAGAUUGCACUGGUCUAGGAAUGAGCAGGCUAAUGCAUGUGGAGAUCAUAAGACAAUCCUGCAUAUGGGUAGAAGCUGUGCUGUGUGCAGACCUAUUCAGAAGCAUCAACAGGACAAAUGUUUAGAAGGUAUAGGAGCAAAUGUGUCCUUUGGGUCCUUAAGCCCUGGGAUCCCUUGCAUGCCCACACAAGCCAUGCUGGAUCAUUCUCACACAAACUGCUUGACAUCUCCAACCCACAAUGAAAAUCAUCAGAGUUUAGCUGUUUUGAGGUGGAUCAAGAGUGCUUAUCCCUACCUUCAUCAAGAUCUAAUUACAGAUCAGAUUGCUUACUCCCACAGGUGUGCACAUAUGAAAUCUGGUACCUUCCACUGAAUUUAGAUUCCUUUAAAAAGAAAUUGUUCAUUUAUUUAUUUUUAGAGUUCUAGCUUUAUGCUAGUGUAGUAUCUAUAAAUCAGGCAGUCAGUUGCAUGGAUUGAACGAGAGAGAUACCACAUGGUUUUGUUUUUUAAAGCCUGCAUCUAAUGCCAUUGGGCUUCUUUAUAUCUGUUUGUGUGAAAACAUAGUUUGAAAUGUAAUCUUCACUAUAAAAUAAAAGCUGGGAUUGCCAGGAAUCUGAGAUGGAUCAAUGAGUCAUGGGGUUCAUGAACUGCCUUACCUCUUGCAGUCCUUUGCUUCUGAUCAUAGAAUUACAGAGUUGGAAGGGACCCCGAGGGUCAUCUAGUCCAGCCUCCUGCAAUGCAGGACUCUCAACACAUGGUCCCCCAUUCAAUUUGGAGCCAUCCCGGACCCCCUUAGCUUUGGUGGCAGUUUUUAAAAUUGUUGUACCACUGUCCUCAUUGGUUCAUUGCAGUGGUACAUCUGGACCAAAUGAGAUUCCCUCUUAUUGCUAACUGGUCUACUCCACCAUCCACCCCUUUGAGUUGAUGGAUUCCUUUCCUGGUUCUCUGGAGGAAGCAAGCAAUCGGUGUCAAGUUAUAACAAGCACAAGUCACUUUAUUUUCCCUCUUUUAUUUUAGUGCUAACAGGCAAGGACGCCACUCCCUGCCCCCAGGACUCCAGCUUAAAUGCGGCUGCUGUUUUUUAAACAUACCCUUUCGUCUCUAGAAUUUGGGAAGUUAACAAUAGACCUCUAGAAGAAAUGGGACAGUGACAAAAUCUUGUCCCCAUGCCCUCUCCCUCUUGGAAUGUACUGGGAAGAGACCUGGAUGACUUUGGGCAAAGCCUGUCGCUUGGCCUCCCCUCUCUCACAGCAUUGCCAUAAGGCAAAAACUGGUGAGCUGAUUUCCUUGGAGGAAGGGUGGGAUACCAAUCUCUAACAAGCAGGAAAAUAAAUGCAGCCAAUAGCUUGCACCUGACCAGUAUGUGAGAGCACUUGAACUUGCUUUCUGAAAAUACAAGUCUUCCUUUGCAAUCCAAGAGAUGAGAAGGCAGAGUGUCAAUACUCAGCGGUGAAAGACAAGCACUUGGUCUCAGAAGUACUCCCACACUUGGUUAUUAUUUCCAAAGCUGUUUUAGCAGACCAAGGUUUUCACCUUGGUAUGAAGGCAACCAGGAGUGGACUGUGGUUCAAUUUAUGUAUUCCAUUUAUAUCUCACUUUUUUCCAAGGAACUUGAAGUGCCAUACAUGCUUCUCCACCCUCCUCAUUUGAUCCCCACAACAACACUGUGAGGUAGUAGGGCUGAGAGGCAGUGUCUGACCCAAGGUCACCCAGUUCGCUUCAUGGCCAAGUGGGGAUUUGAACCCUGGUCUCCCAAGUCCUAGUCCAGCACUGUACCACACUGGCUGUCAACGAAGCUGUGCAGCAUAUGUCAACAUAUGUAAGCAGACAGAUCCUCAAGUCCCUGAGUUCUAGGAAGUUGUUCCAAAACCAAGCAAACAGUCCUCAUUCCACACAAGCCUGCCUGAUCACCAGCCCAGUCCACCAUACAAUCAAACCCAGAGGAAGGAGGCUCCCCAGGGGAAUUCUUGACUGUUCUCUUUGGUCUGAGGAAGGGCGAUGGCCUUCUGGGGACAGAAGUAGCCAAACAUAGCCAGGAAGAAAACGGCAGGCCCCAGGUUUGGCUGGCUGCCCGUGCAGGCCGGAUUUCUGGCGACAGGCAGACUCUCUUCUCCCUGCGGCCACGGGCAGGAAAGUGGGGGAGGUGACAGCCCCUUAGGAAGUUGCUUGGACGGUCAGAGCUGGCGCUGCCUGCCGGAAGAACAGCUGUCCUGAUCAACAACACAGGGGCUGCAGUCGUCGGGGAAGAGUCGUGCCAAGGGUGGGGAUGUAAACAGUGGGAUACCCCAAGGACACAAUUGGGGCUGAUGCUGUUUUAACUUGCUUGCAACUUGCUUGUAUUAGGAAAUCAGAGAGGUGGGGAAGGCAGGGUGCUGGAGCUUGGGGAUGCUGCCUUCAGAAGACAGAAUCCGGCCACUCACUGCAGUAAGUGGGAGCAGCAAAGAAUACGGCGUAAAUGCAACUUAUCAGCUGUGUAAUCCUGGGAAUCUGGGAAUGUUAUUUUGUAAGGGCUAAAGGCAAACUCAUAUGGGAUAGGAACCAAAGGUAGAAACAACUUCAGAUUGUGCUUGUUUCCUACAGCAGCUAAGAGCCAAGUCCCUGGUUCAUCUCUUUCCUUUUCCAUGAGUGAAUGCAGCAGCGAGCUCUUUGGAAGGCCCAUAGCUAAGAGCACAUACUUUUCAUUCUGAAGGCCCUCGGAUCAGCUCCUGCCAUAUCUAGUUAAAGGAUUGAUGUAGCUGGUGUGGGGAAAGACCAGUCUGCCAGUCAGAGUGGACAAUACUGGGCUGACCUGCAGUCUGACCUGACGUAAAACAGCUUUCCAUGUUCCACAAAGCCUUAGCCCCCCCUUUCUAUGCAAAAUAAUACCAGCCCGCCUUGCAGGAAUGUUGUAAAGAUUCACCAGCACCGCUGCUGUGAUUAGAGUCUGCACAAGGUGAUACAGGGCUCAGCUCUGCAGAAGGUUUUCUGGAUGUUGUGAGGGUACAGCUGCUACCUGCUACUUUCACUCCUCCCAAGCAGCAGAUGGUGUGGCUGGGUUUGUAUGAGGCAAACCCAGGUGCAAAAAUAUCUUUAUCCACUAGCUGACACCUAGAUUUUCACAUGCAGAGAAUUAGGGUGUGUUUACGAAGGAGCCUUCAGUCGUUUUGAGACCUCAUCUCAUUACUUGAGUCUGAAAUGGUACAGUCUGGUCAUCACCCCACCUGUUGUUGGUGACCACUGGCCCUCUUUAGUACCAUGAGGAUAAAAGGAGCCCAUCUCUCAGGCCUACUGUGUGAGGAUGAAGAAGAGCCAAGCUUAAGGAAUCCAGAUACAAACAAAGAGACAGCUCUUGCACCUUUAAUAGUUGUGCUGGAAUUUAAGCAGGUGUAACAGGCAUGACAAGCUACACCUGUUGAAAUUUCCUCUUCCACACAAAUAUUAAAGGUUCAGGAGGCCCCUGGCCAGUGCAGCUGAGAUACACAUUAUAUUGGACAGGCUCCCAUCUUUGCCUCGUGGGAGUUUAAAGACUCUCUUGCUGACAUGGAGAAAAAUCUGGAUAGCAAUCAGAUGCGUAGGCAAGGAGGAGCCGGUGUGUCUUGCGCUUUCUGCUUCACUCAAUUGAUAUCCCGUCUCAGCAGCUAACAGUGCAAUCCUCUGCAUGUUUAUUCAGAAAGUGUGCAUAGGACAGCUCAUUUGGUGGAGCGUGAGACUCUUAAUCUCAUGAACAUGGGUUUGAGCCCCAUGUUGGGCAACAGAUUCCUGCAUUGCGGAGGGUUGGACUACAUAACCCUCACGUUCCCUUCCAACACUACAAUUCUAGGAUUCUAGGAAUGCAGUCACCAAGAAAGAAGAUGAGCAAUGGUAAAAAGGCAACCAGCCCAAAUGUGCCUGAAUGUGUGGUGAUGAUCCCUUCCAGCUUUCUCUGCAUGCACUGCGUUGGGACCCAUGCGUGGAUGAUGGGCUGCCUUCGGAUUGGUGAGUCACAGUUGGGCAGGUGUGUGGUGAGGAUACAGACAGCUUUUUCAUGCCAAGUCAUCCUGACUGGCAGCAGCAAUACAGGGUCACAAGCAGAGGUCUUCCCCAGCUCUGCUCCCAGAAAUAAUUUUAGCCACAGAAUGUCAUGUUAGGUGUUGAAGCCAAGCGUGUACUCUGCCACUGAGUUAUGGCUCCUGAACUGCACUGUGGCAAACCUGCCCCUAGAAUUUGCUACUACAGAUGGUCUGUGACGUUCUCAGGGUCCCCUAGAGGCCCAGAGGGUGAUGAGAUCAGCUGCUCUGCUGAGUCUAGAGGUCCCUUAAUGGUCCUUGCAAUACAGUACUGCCACACCUACUGAGUCAUAGCGGGCAAAAGGGUUCUUUCUCUCUAUUGUUGUUUGACUAGACAUGUGGGAUGGGAUACACCAACCUUGUAAUCAACCUAGGCUUUAAAACAGUAAACAUGUAUUUAUUUCUAGAAUAUAGUACCUAGAACAAGUAGCCAUUUCAUGCAGAAUACUAAAAGAGAAGUUCAAAUAUUUUCACCCAGCCUUCCCUGGCUUGGUGACUUCCAAAUGUUGUUGGACUCCAAAUCCCAUCAGACCCAGCCAGCAUGGCCUGGGGCAGGCAUCCCCAAACUCGGCCCUCCAGAUGUUUUGGGGCUACAAUUCCCAUCAUCCCUGACCGCUGGUCCUGUUAGCUAGGGAUGAUGGGAGUUGUAGUCCCAAAACAUCUGGAGGGCCGAGAUUGGGGUUGCCUGGCCUAGGGGGUCAGGGAUGAUGGGAAUUGGAGUCGAACAACAUCUGGAAGGGACCGGCUUGAGGAAGGCUGCCCUUACCUCACAUAACGAACCCUGAAAAAGCUACCUUUACUUAGGCUUUCAUUAUCCCUCCCAUCUCAUUCACUGGUCACCUCCAGUACUGACUUUGCGGGAGGCAUUCAGCUGCAUAGAGGAAAUUUAGGUUUGUGCCAUUAAAGUGGAUUGCAGUGUUCUGGUGCAACAAAUCCACAUUAAAAACAACAACAACAACCCACAACAGACUUUCUUGCCGUUAGGAAAGUGACCAGCGGACUGCACUAAAAAGUGUGGGAUAAACAACUGAUUAAUGGGAAGACAUGUAGCUACCGUGCAAGCAAACCAAAGCGAGUGCUCAUUGUUGCAUAACCACCACAUAAGUAAACCAAAUUCUCAGUGAAUACAGGGUAUCAUCUAACCUUGUGUGCAAGCUUUGUGCAAGUGAAUGAGGGUGAACGCUCAAUGAACAGGUCUUUUGGAUGAGCUCUCUCUGUCCCUCCCUUCUUCCCUCUCUGUUUCUGCCUCUCUCUUUCCCAGCAGCCUUCAACUGUCUUCUUGAGAGACACGGUCCACCUGUCACUCACUCUAACUCCAGCCCACAUUCCAUCACGCUCCCCUGCUGUCAAACACCCUUCUGCUCCCUCUUCCGUUACACUGCCCAUGUGGGACAGGUUCUUUUGUUUCUCAAUGUGCACCCACUCGCACGCUGCACACAGAACACUUGCAUGCCAAGGAUUAAACUAGCGUAGAACUAGGACCACUAAGAGGGGUCCUGCUGCACUGGGGACAAAGCCCCCCUGACUCACAUUCUCUACUUUUUACGUGACUAUGGGAAUCUGCUGCCUGGCCAGCCCUUCCAUUUCUCUCCCACACUGCCCAGUCUGUGGUGAAACUGACAGUGCUGGGAAAGGCUUGCCAGUUUUGUAGCUGUCUCAUCUGUUUUGUGUGCUCAUCAGGAGUGGGGGACCUGGUGCCCUCCAGAUGUUUAAUUAGUCAUUCAUUUGACUAAGUGGCUUUAUAUAAUGCUCAAUCAUCUGCAACCUCAGUCUAAGUGGUUUACUGUUGCUGGGCUCCAGCUCCCUUCAGUUCCAACCAGCACAGCCAAUGGUCAGGGAUUAUGGGAAAUUGUAGGCCAACCAUAUCUGCAGGGAGGCAGGGUUCCUACCCUGUGUGUGCCUACUGGUGUACACAUCCCUGCCCUUUUAAAGAAAGGGUCUUUGAACAAGCCAUGGGAAAUUGAGAAGGCAUUUCCCCAAUCUGGUCUGUUUAGUCAGAGAGGUCACCUGGUAGGCAGGUAAUGCAGAAAAUGGAGAGGGGUGAAGGUCACACACUGUCCAGAAUGUCACAAAACAUGUCAUGAUGAAAUUGUAUCUGAGUGAGGCUUCAAUAUAUUAUGAACCAUCAUCUAGGGAGGCAAAUUGGGGAGUGCCUUGGACCUCACUAUUUGAGACAACCAUGGUGACAUUUGAAGCUCGAAAAGCUUUAUUUGUGAAUGGUGGUAAUACUUGUAAACUGAAAGGGGGGGGAGAGAUUACAGAGUGAUACUUAAAGCACCUUUAAAGUGCCCAUUUGGUAUUGACCAUUGUUGCAUAUGAAACCAAUGUGCAUCUCAUGUGGGCUUUGCAUUUCAACCGACACAGUCUCAGCCAUUGUAGUGGCACAGCUGGGAUCAGCCCAUGCACCAUGUCGUAUCUUUUACAACAGCCUUUUGUUCUGCUUUUCUCACACUUCAUAAAUGUGCUGACGUAAGUGAUUCUGUCCUAAAAAUGGCUCCUCUCUUGCCUCUUUGAGUCCACAUUCCUGGCUGGUGCCAAAUUUGCUCCAAAAUGUUUACAGAUACUCUGAGGGGGAAGGGUCUGUGGUGGAAAGAUAAAGAUCAGUGUAGUUGCUUCAAGGGAAGCAGCACUUUGGUUAGACUGGGGAAAGGACUAGAUGUGUCCUAUAGUGGUGGGAAUUAAGGAAACAUGUUGCAGUGACAUUUGGGCUGUGACUAUGGUUGUAAAAAGAUAUUACUAAAAAGGUCAAAUCAGGUGGACAACAUUAGCUUGGGAGAAACCUCUGGUUGGAAAAAGUGGGUCUUUCCAUAACUAAAAAGAUGGCCAAGUACAGGUGAUGUGUUGUCCCAGAAACUAAAUAGCCGUACCAUACAUCUUUCUCAAAAGGGUGAUGCCAUUCUUCUCCCCUUCCUCUGCCUGUGUGUGUGUGUGUGUGUGUGUGUGUGUGUGGAAAAAACAACAGACUGGCUGUCUCAAAGCUGGUUCUGAAAGUGAUAGAGAGAAGCUAUGGCUAAAAUGCCCCCCCCAUUGUUGGGGAGCAGGGUCUGAUGGAGUGUUAGUGUUGUGAACCUUCCAUUUCGAGGUGAGACGAGGCAGUGGCCUCUGAGUACCUGGAAGGGGUUGCAGAUCAGGCUUUUGAGGAGCUCACCACCUCCUGCCCUUUGAGAGCCAGUGUGAUAGUGAUUAAGAGUGGUCGACUCUCAACUGGGUUCGGGUCUCCACUCUUUCACAUGCAGCUGCUGGGUGACCUUGGGCUACUCACACUUCUCUGAAGUCUCUUAGCCCUACUCACCUCACAGAGUGUUUGUUGUGGGGGAGGAAGGGAAAGGAGAUUGUUAGCCACUUUGAGACUCCUUAGGGUAGUGAUAAAGCGGAAUAUCAAAUCCAAACUCCUCCUUCUCCUCCUUUGUUGCACACUUGGCACCUUCCUGCCUCCCCCACUGCACACCCUCCAGCCACUGUGCUACUGCCACUGCCUCUGGGUUGCGGUGGGUGCAUGAUGGGCGGGCAUGUGAUAGAGGGUGAGGCAGCAGAGGGGGCAGCAUUUCUGUUUUGUCUCUCCCGACAAAAUGUUCUGGGCUGGCCCUGUUCUAUCUUAUGCCCAGCCUGUAUACAUAUGCAAACAAAACCUUUUAUCACAGAAAUACCAUAAGUCUCCUGUGACAUUUAUUCCAAGGGAAGCAAACUCAUGCCCUCGGUAUGUACUGGGAUCAUCUUCCACGUGACAGCCCUUUAUGUAUUUGAAGAUGGCUGUCUUAUCGCCUCUCGGUCUCUUCUUUUCCAGGCUAAACAUUCCCAACUGCUUCUCAUAAGGCUUGGUUUCUAGACCCUUGAACAUCUUGGUUACCUUCCUCUGAACAUGUUCCAGCUUGUCAAUAUCCUCCUUAUAUUGUGGUGCCCAAAAUUGGCCACCAUAUUCCAGGUGUGGUCUGACCAAGGCAGAAGAGAGUGGGACUAUUACUUCCCUUGAUCUGGACACUAUAUUUCUGCUGAUGCAGCCUAUGAUAGCAUUAGAGUUUUUUUGCUGUUUCAUCACACUGUUGACUCAUGUUAAGCAAGACCCCAAGAUCCUUUUCACAUGUACUGUUAGUAAGCCAGGAGUGGGGUGCUUGGUUUUUGUGUAUUUUUGAAUCAGUAGCCAACUAAAUUUGGCCACAUGUCCAAACAGAGUGAUCUGAUUCUUAAUUCCUUGGCAAGCAGUCGCCUCCUGCUUGGAAACAGGACUGAUGGAGUUAAUUGCUGAAGCUUCAUCCCAGGCUUUUCUAACAGUCUGGCUAAGAAACAGGUCAGACUGGUCCUCUUCUGGCCAAGCUUUGCCCCUAGGGUGUCUGGCAUGUGUGGCUACAGAGUAAAAUGCUACAUCUCCAGGAUAUGGCAGUGAAGAAGGACCUGCUGCUUCCAAAAUAGCAGAGCCUGCGUCAUCUUUUAUGAAGCUUGGACCCCUUUCUGCAGCUCCAAUGGUCUCAGUAGGCAUUCACCUGCCUGACCCCGAGGUAAGGAGAGGGAAAAUGGUGCCGUUCUCUGUCUCCCUUGGAAUUCUAAAUAUCUAUUUAAAAUCCGGCUAUUUCCUUGGAAAGAAAUACCUCCAGGUGAUUUGGCCUAAAGGCACAGCUGGGAAAAAAGUGGGUAACUGAUGGUGCAUUGAUAAUUACUGGCUACUUUUGUUUUGCUGCGGAAUUACUUGUGAAAGUUCCUCUGCCACCUCAUCACACCUGAUCAAUAAUGGUUUGGAAAUAAAUCAGUGUUGGCUUAUCUUUCAGUUUACCAUGGUUUUCCCUGCUGGGUGUUUGUUGGUGACUGCAGUGGUUCUAGAGCAAACACAGUUGGGCCACAGGCCAUUGUCAGAUGACCUUCACAGCUCCAUCCUCAUGGCAAAUGAUUAAGGGGGCAGAUGCUGGCUUUUCUUUCUAGCGUGGUAAUGAAAUGUGACUUAAUCUCCACUGAAAAUCCAGUGUGAGCCUCAUAGAAGUGAAAUGCUUCUUUAGCACUGUGGUGUAGUGGUUUGUUUGUGGAAUUAGACCAAGAAGACCAGGUUCAAAUUCUCAUAAAAUGUGGGGCUGACAGCACUAUAUGCCGUGGCCCCGAUCUGGUGGAACGCUCUGUCCCAAGAGACUAGGGCCCUGCAGGAUUUGACAUCUUUCCACAGGGCCUGCAAGACGGAGCUGUUCCACCAGACCUUUGGUCAAGGCACAGUCUGACCCCCUCCUUCUGUAAUCCUCAUAGAACUCCAGCCCAAUGCUUGCCAUUAAUUUGAUUCUGAAUUGACUUUAUAAUUUAUUUUAAUUAAUUGACUGUGAUUUUAUGUAAAUUGUGCUAUUUUUACUGUUGUUAGCCACUCUGAGCCCAGCUUUGGCCAGGGAGGAAAGGAUAUAAAUUAUUAUUAUUAUUAUUAUUAUUAUUAUUAAUAAUAAUAAUAAUAAUCUUGAGGUCCUUGGAGAAAACACAGGAAAUAAUAUAUAAACUAAAGUGAACACAAGGGUUAUCAAACUUGAAAUAUACCAUUGCCUGAUUAAGGUGUCCUCCCUUUAGCUUGAUUUCAGCUGUGCAAAAAUUGCCCUUUUAAUUCUGAACUUUUCGGGGUGGCAAGCUUUCAACAGCUAGCAUUAUAACUGAGAAAAAGCUGGUUUUCAUUAGUGAUUUAUAUUUAGGCUUUAUAAUUGUUGUUACCCAUUAUGAGCCCACAGGACUGGGCAGCUUAGGUGUCUUAUCACAUGGAACUCCCUGUACCAAAACUGGCUCACUUAUGGCAGCAGAAAAUAGCUUCUGUGGCAACAGAACUUGCUGGAAAGCAGCUUUGUGUCAUGGACCUGCUGGAUGCAGAGAAAUGGUGAGAGGCCACAGCUAGGGAACCCCCAGGGGAAGAAGGCUCAGAGCCAGGGGACUGGUGGUGGAAUGACAAUGUGUGGUCAGAAGAAGAGGAAGAAGACUGGGAGGAGGAGGAGGUGUUGGUAACAGGGUUUAGUGAGCAGGAAGAGGCGGUGGCAGAGAGCAGUCCAGAGUUAGAGGCAGAAGUGGAGGCUGGAGAGAAGGGACAGAGAUGAGGCAGGCUGCUGAAGAAGCCAGGGAGUCUUCCCUUCCUGCUGUGACCAGGUCUUAUCCCCCCUGGUCUCCCAGAACACAGAGAGGAAUGAAGAGGGCAGAGCAAAGAGAGACAAGAUGAAGGAGCCUCAGGUUGCUCGGAAAGGACCCAGGAGAGGAGCCUUAGAGAGCAGUGGGAAGGACUUCAGUCCUUGCAACUGCUUUACUGGGACAAGACCUACUGGGAAGAGUUGCUGGGAUCACUAGACCUGAGCUGUUUUGUUUGAAUAAAGAGUUAACUUAGUUGACACUGAGUGUUUUAUUUCUGACCUGCUCCCGACUCCAGCUCCUGACACUUUGUUUGUGGCUAAGGUCUAUUCCAUGCCUCCAAAAUAUAUUAUUUCUUCUAAUAGCAAACUCAGGUAGUGAGUGAUGACGAAAAUGGAGCCAAAGCAGGGUUUUUGAGAAACAAGAGGAAUUUAUUAGCAUGUCCUGAGCAGCCCAAGGCUUGCAGUAAUAAGAAAGAAAACAAACCCCAAGCUUUUCAGGAAAAACAAGCUAAGGGGCCAACAAACGGCCCAGUGAGGACUGAGCAGGCUCAGUACCCACUAACCACAGAACACCCAGUUUAUAUUUUUUUUGGGGGGGGGAUGUAAAACCUGGCAAGGAGCGUUGUUGGGGAAUAGAAUGGAAUACAUUGCUUGAGCGCCUUACAACUAAUAGUGUUGCAGAGAAGGGCCAGUCUGGUUGGCAGGAACCUUGCACAGGAGCACUCCGCAAGAUGGUGAGGCUACGCUGCAAUCUUAUGUUGAAGGUCCCACAUGCUGUAAAUAAUUUUGAUCAUCUCAGCCUCAAACAGGAGUUAGUUCCUCCGCAGUUCAGAUGUUGCCCCCCUAGAUGCUGAGGACUAACAUAAGCACUAGCAUGUGCAUGGGUGGAUUAAUUUAUCAGGUAGAUAUGUGGCAUGGGCCAAUGUGAAGGUGCUCACAAGCUUUGGAAAGGGCUGGUCCAGCUGCACAUCAGUUGGGAGGUUGACUCACCUGUGCUUCUGGGCCUAAUCCGCUCACCUUUUCAACAUUAUCUUGGCAAAGCAAAAGGCGGCACAAGGCCCCUGGCACGAAUGCUUGGCACGCCUGCCCUGCUGAUGUAACAGCUUCUGAGAUUGCAGAUUAGGCAGGCUUCUUUAACAGAGCUACAGUGAUUAGAAGGAGUUGCAGUGAUUACAGCAAUCAGCCGUCUUCACCCUUUUCAGAGUUGGGAUCCAUGUUUCAUAGAAUCAUAGAAUCAUAGAGUUGGAAGAGACCACAAGGGCCAUCGAGUCCAACCCCCUGCCAAGCAGGAAACACCAUCAGAGCACUCCUGACAUAUGGUUGUCAAGCCUCUGCUUAAAGACCUCCAAAGAAGGAGACUCCACCACACUCCUUGGCAGCAAAUUCCACUGUCGAACAGCUCUUACUGUCAGGAAGUUCUUCCUAAUGUUUAGGUGGAAUCUUCUUUCUUGUAGUUUGGAUCCAUUGCUCCGUGUCCGCUUCUCUGGAGCAGCAGAAAACAACCUUUCUCCCUCCUCUAUGUGACAUCCUUUUAUAUAUUUGAACAUGGCUAUCAUAUCACCCCUUAACCUCCUCUUCUCCAGGCUAAACAUGCCUAGCUCCCUUAGCCGUUCCACAUAAGGCAUCGUUUCCAGGCCUUUGACCGUUUGGGUUGCCCUCCUCUGGACAUGUUCCAGUUUGUCAGUGUCCUUCUUGAACUGUGGUGCCCAGAACUGGACACAGUACUCCAGGUGAGGUCUGACCAGAGCAGAAUACAGUGGCACUAUUACUUCCCUUGAUCUAGAUGCUAUACUCCUAUUGAUGCAGCCCAGAAUUGCAUUGGCUUUUUUAGCUGCCGCAUCACACUGUUGGCUCAUGUCAAGUUUGUGGUCACUCGAGAGUGUCAAAUACAUUAUAGACUUGGGGGGACCCCCCCUAAACCCUUGAAAGUAAUAAAUGGUAGGAUUUUGAUUAUUUGGAGUAUUGAAGGGAAGAUUGGAGGUCAGUGGAAAAGCACAGGCUAAGAUUUCAUUCCAAACCAGGCCCUCGCCUGGGAUAGAAACAUCAACAGGACAACGUGGCAUCUUUGGGCCACCUUAGUCCCCACCCCCUUUUUCUGAUGCUCCAAGCAGAGCAAGGAGGCUGGCUCUAGCUUCUGUUUUAAUUUCCCACAAUCCCCCCAAAGCAACAUUACAUCAAGGCCAUUGUGAGAAUUGUGCUACUUGGAGCACUGUUGCCUCCAGAGAUUCACCCACCAACAGAGGAGACCCGUCAGCUAGUGCACUAGUCUCUUCAAACCUGGAGCUGGCCCUACCUAAGGAAUGAGGAGAGAUGCAACAGAAAGUGGAGUGCAGGGGAGCAGGUGCACUAGGGGAGAAAGUUGCCCAUCAACAGCUAACUCCAUUCCGUACAUCUAACAGAGCAGGCGGACAGGCCACCUGGCCACAGCCUUCUUCACUAUGGCAAGAUGCAUUAAAAAGAAAAGAAAAAAAGACAGCAAUUACUGUAUCGGCCCGAAUAUAAGCUGCACUAUUUUUUCCUCCCAAAUUCUGACCGUGAAAAGUGUGGCUUAUAUUCACAUAUUAUUUGUGGGUGCGGCUUAUAUUCAGGCCAAUACGGUAUGUGAAAACUUGCCUCUGCGCCCAUAUAUUAUUCUAUGCAAAGAUUAUGUGAAUAUGAGUUGGGAAUAUGUGUCCUUUUUCAGGAGGGAGAUGUAUUUCCUCUUUUGGGGGUAAUAUGUGUGGCUGCCAAAGCACCUGUCCUGAUGAGAUCUCAGCAGGAUGGGCCUUUUUCAGGUGCUGGGUGGGUCUGUGGACAACCAAGCUGACCUCUGGCUGUCUAAAGGUGUAGGGAAGAUAAAAGAGGGCUAAGGGGAGCAGGUGGGAAUCGGAACCUAUGGGGAGGAGCUUUGCAUAUAUUUAGCAUGUGUAUUACUAGCCCUUCACCAAAGAUGUCAGGGUUGACUACAACAGACCUGGGAUUCACCUUUAGCCCAAACAUGCAUUUGGAACCCAUUAAUUAAGUUUUUACGUCACAUCUGCAUACUGCUGCUGCUGUGACAAUCCACCUUGGAUCAGGCCCUGACCCACCAGUUGAAGACUAGUAGAUUACAAUGGCAUGAACACAAUAAAAUGCAGUAGAUAAACAAUUAGAACGACAAACCAACCAAUAACAACAUUUGCAGAAAGGAGACCAUCAUUGCAGAUUCAUAGAAGCCUUGGUGAAAAGGUACACCUUUGUGUGUUUUUUGGAAACCCCCAGUGAUGGGGGCCAGGUGUACAUCAAGGGGCAAGGAGUUCCAAAGUCUGGGGGUCAUCACAAUGCACUCUGCUUUACGCACUACUUUCCUGUGUUUAAAUUGUUAUUAUUAAAUUGUUAUUGGGCAGGUGAAAGAUAUCAGCAUGAAUUAGCUAAGCUCUUAGGGACGAACCCAUUUAUUUUUCUGCAUGCUUUUUGAUGCGCGAGGAUAUUGCUUCAGGGAAAGGCAGGGUGACUUCUGGGUGUCUCACUUUGGCAUCGGCAAGCUCUUCUGAUCUCUGGUUGGCAAACAAGGCAAUGUGAUGAGGCUUCGGCAGAAUUUGGGGCCUCCCUGGCUGCCUGCCUGCUGGGCUCGGUUGCUGAAGCCUCUCCGGUGUUUCUUCCCUUACCUGCUGAGUCUGGAGGCAUUUCUCCAGCUCCUGACAGAUGGCAGCCCUUGUGAUGUUUGCCGUGUAAACAAGCCAAGGGGCGGGGUGCUGUUUGUACUCCACAGCUGGGGAAAUGAGGAGUCCUGGAGAACUGGCAAGAGACCUUGGGAAGGGAGGCUGCCUUCCUGAGACUCCGGGCAUUUCUGCCGCAUGGCCUGCCCACUCCCUCUGAUCUCAAAUGCGUUGAUUUUAGAAAGGUGCUAAAAUAGGGCCCGUUGGUGCUGUGGCGGCAGUGCUGGAUUUAUGUGUAAGCUAAACAAGCUAUAGCUUAGGGCCCCACUCUCUUGGGGCUCCCCCAAAAAAUUAAAGGGGAAAAAAGGUGGAUGUACAUUUCCAAAAUAUAAGAUAAAAAAGAAAUUACUUUGAUAAAAUACAUAUUUUGCUAUGUGCAAAUGGCUUUAGAUACCUAUUAGGUCCAUAGAUUACCAUAUAGCAUAUAUUCAACACAAAAAACAGUGACAAUUUGUUGUUGACAAAGGACAGCUGGACAUAUCAAGGGCCCCAUUACCUUCAGUAGCUUAGGGCCUCAUCAAACCUCAAUCUGGCCCUGUGUGGCAGGCUUAGCCUAGAAUAAACGCAGGGAAAUACAAGAAUGUUUUGCAGCAGGGGAGGGGGGCUUUUCAGCCUAGGGGCCAUAUUCCUUUAUGGAAAGCUUCCUGGGGGCCGCAUGCUGGUUGUAGGCUGGAUCAGAGGUAAAAAUGGGAGGAGAAAAGGAUGUGUUUUUGACCUUUGUGCAAUAGGCCAAAUUCCUGCCACGCAAAACCUAGAGGUUUUUGCGCACACACAUCCUCUCAGCAUACCUUUCUCCAUCCCUGUUAAGACCACACUGCAGCUGUGCUGCAGCACUCAAGAAGGACAUAGAGCAGAGUCUGUCUCUCUCUGUGGCCUGGGCAGACUCCUGAAGGCUGGGAAAAGGGCAUGGAGGGCUCCGGUAGCCCUCAGGCUGAGCUUCUCUGUCCUUGUCUUAAGAGCAGGUGCAGAGCCCCUUCCCAUCACCCCUGAGGUUACAGUAUCUGGAAGUGCUCCUACUGCAGUAAGCAUCAUACUUGACAGGUGAGUUUUGCAGAUGAGGAGAGAGGUACUCUGGUGCUAUACUGGCAGAGCAGUGUGUAGAAUCAGAAUUGUAGAGUUGGGAAGGCACCCUACGGUCAUCUAGUCCAACCCCCUGCAAUGCCAGAAUUGCUGUUGCAAUGCAAGAAUCUCAGCUAAGUGAAUCACAGUUGCUGUGUCUGAUGUCAACCUGGGGGCGGAGAAAUUACAUAAAAGUAGCAGACAUUCUUCCAGUGUCCCUGGAAAUAUCACCUAUGCCAACCAAUCCAAGGACAGCAGUGUGUGCUUGGAGGGAGCUGACCUCUGGAGGCUGAGCUGGAGGAGCGUCGUAUCACAUUGCCAUGCCCCGCAGAGCACAAACAAAGCAGAGGACCAGGCAGUGGCCAAGGGAUCUUCCACUCGCAUGCUCAGGAGUCGCAGGGUGAAAUCUCCAUCGCACAGAACAUUUUCCCUUCCCCCCCUGCAGGAAAGGACCCAAAAGUAGGAAGCUGCAACAGGCAAAGGGAUUCUGUGGUGCAGUUUGCAAAGUAGGCACAAACAUACCAGAGAGGUCACUGGUUCAAAUCUACCCUGUCAUGCUUGUUUAUCCUUUCCUACUAGCUAUCACUCACUGAGAAGGGGAUGGUCAGUACAGCUGCACAGAUGCACAUGUGCUCUCAAGGACAGUGGUUCAGAUAUUCCCUGAUACUGGCUGGGGGUGGGGAUCAGCGCAGCCCCAGGGAGGAUGGUAAGUGGGCAAGCAGUGCGCAGCUCCUGAGUGCCAGAAGUCUCACCACAGGGAUGUGCCACCCCAAGCCUAGAAACACACAGACCCAAACUUCUUUCCCACUGGUUGUGGGGCAGGGAGAAGGGCAUGCACACACAUUCCUAAAGCUACAAGAGGCAGCGCAUAAGGACAGGGAGGUAACAGCCCAUAUGCCCCUGGGUGGGUGUCACAGCAGAAUAGUGAGGCACCUCCCACUAUCAGCCCCACUCCAGUGGAACCUUGCUUUGCAGGAGGAGCUCGGCAGGCUUUCCAACAGGGUGGCCACAUGCUCAUGAAAUGUGCCUUUGGGAUGCUGAAGAUGUGCUUCUGGUGUCUCCCCUUGUCACAGUUGAAAUUCAGGAGACACAGUGAGGAUUGUUCUGUAACUGAAUGAGAUACGGACAAGUAGGUCGUGCAUUUGGGGCUUAUCUGGUUGCAUUUAGGGGCAGAGUACCUUUUCCUGUGCCUGUAUUCUCAUCAGAAAUGAGCUCUGAGAGUCCUGCCUCUGUCUCUCUGGAUGUUUCCCUCCAUUUUGAAUAUUGUUUAGUGGUUACUCUAUCUCAGGCCAGGAGAGAUGCUUCUUGGGACUUGCGCUGUAUUCUCUGUGCUGGGCAGUUUCUCAAGAAACUAUUGGUAACUUGGCAAACCACUCAAAGGCUGAAAUAUUUCUGUGGGCUCUAUCAUGAUACCACUCCAAAUUCCAGAGCUUUCUGGCCAAGCAAACACUUGAACUAGAGUUGUGUUUGUGUUCUGUAGCAAAUCUGGUUCAUUUGUAGGAAGUUCCAUCUGUAAUGGAACACAGAAUCCGCUUCUUGGGCUAGCUGCCUCACAUUACCUCAUUGUAGGACUGGCUGUGCUUAAGGCUGGUCCCUGCAAAUAUGUCUAUUAAAGUAAGUAGAAAAUAAACCAUUUAUUUAAAUCAUUUUUAUACUGAUUUACAUUUCGGGGGGGGAAUCUCUGUAGAUUCUGCAUAAAGCUUCAGAUAUGUUUAUUUAAAAGUAUAAUCUUUAUUUAUGUACUUAUUUAAAUCAUUUCUCUACCUCUACACGGUUCUAAAAAAUAUCCAAGUGGUUUUACAGCCUAUCUUAAAACAUCAAAUAGAACAUGACAAAAUGGAAAAAUAUAAAAUUUCAGAAGAAAAUCAAAUGCAAUAAGAUUCCCAUUUAAAGCAGCAUGAUUAGCAGGUAAACAAAAUAUUCUCUUAACAAAAGAGUUACAAGCAGGCCUUUUUUUCAGCUGGAACUUGCUGGACCUCAGCUCCACCAUCUCUCAGGUGAGCGCUGUUGCCAUUCUAAGAGAACAAGGGAGGUCUUCAUGGUGAGUUCCAGCACCUCUUUUUCUAGAAAAAUAGCACUGGUUACAAGUAAGAAUCAAAUGCUAAAAUGCAGUAAAAAAAUCCACAUAUAAAGCAUCAUUGGCAACUAAAUGAAAUUUCUGAGACAACACUUUUCCACCACAGUAGCGUCUCCCAAAGGCAUCCUUAUUAAUCUUUUACAUAUAAAACUCAUUCCCACCAACCACACCCAGAGCACAGCUAAUCUCCAGCCAACCAUUUGUCACAAGGCCAACAUCUGACAACUAUUUUCUUACUCUGUGUGAGUUUCUGCUGCAUGCUGAUUUUCAGAAAGGGGUGGAGCUCCCUUGCUUUCCGCUGCUCCUUGGGUGGGGCAAACUUUGCUGUGGGUCUCAGGAUGAGUUUGCACCUGCAUGCUCAUCACAUGACGAGAGCAGUAUCACAUGAUGCCUAUCAACUGAUGCGUAUGUAUGUAUGUAUCACAGCUCAAACAGAUCAAAAUAGGCAAAACUUUUGUAUCCCUUUGGACCUUUAAUUUAUUUAUUGUUAAUGGAGACAGGUUGCAUAUUCAGGUGUGAUACUCAUCUGCUACCUUUGCCUCAGGCAUCUUAAGUUAUCAGUUUGCACACAAUCAUCAUUCUGAGCAGUUCUCCUUUAGUGAAUCUCAACCAUCGUGCCGUUAUGUUACUUCUCCCAAUUCCACAUCAGGUGUAAUCAUGUGAUGGGGCUCAAAUUCAUGUGGGAAGUCCUACUCAACAUUGUGUGAACAGACUUCCUAGCUCAGGAGUAGCUAACCUGUGGCACCUCCAGAUGUUGCUGGACUCCCACUCCCAACAGCCCCAACCAGCGUGGGUAAUGGUCAGAGAUGGUGGGAGAUGUGGUCCAGCAAUAUCUGGAGAGCCACAUGUUUCCCACCCCAGAGCCAACUCCCAUUAGCAUUCUGGCCACAGUUGACUUGGCUACCAAACUCUGCCGCUUUUUGCCCAAUGAAGGUCAGACAAAGAGACCUGUUUUCCUUUCUCGAAGGCUUGGGGUUGUGGCACGGCAUGGCGUUUCUUCCCUUCAGAUGUACUGUGGCUCUGUGGGCGCCUAACGUGUGACAUCUGGUCAGCCUGGUAACUGUUCCCCCCCCCCCCCCGCGCACAGGUUCUCUCUUGCAGGGAUGAGGAACCACUUCCUUUGCAAGGGAGGAUGCCUGCCUGCCUGCUUCUUCACUGGGCUGCGUUCUGGGCUAACACACGCAACCAACAGCCCCUUCCUCACUUUGUAAAUGGACUAAGGAAAUGUCCUUGAUCUUUUUGUUUUCCAGACCCCUCUUCCAGACACCGAAUCAGCCUUAGUGCCUGGCCACAGCCUAAAGCAGGUAAAUAUCAAACAGCCGUCUUGACAGGGACAAAGGAAGCACAGCCUAAAAGUGGGGGCAGUUACUCCCCCCCCCCCCAGGGCUAACAGGCUUGUGGUAUGAUGUGUGUCCUUUCACACAGGUCUGUCUAUGUAUUUCAGGGAUGUGUGCAAGCAUUUAUUAUUAUUAUUAUUAUUAUUAUAGAUUUCCAUCCCACCUUUCUGAGGCUUCUGAGGCUUAUGCCACAUUCAUGGGAGCUUUUGCACACUAAAAUCGCAUUAGUACACGGUGGUGCAGCAAAAGCCUGAAAAGUAUAAGAACCUCAAGGGACAAGGUGUUACAUGAUGUAGGUGUAGCUGUAGAAAAGGCUUAUCUAUCCCAUGGAAUUUGAAGCUACAAAACUCUAUUUGCAUUUUUUUAUAUUUAAAAAAGUUCCUAGUCCUCAUGAUUGUGAAGAUCACAACUGCCAGUUCCAGUUGCUGGAAAGCACAGGGGGUGAGAGGGCUCUGGGGCUCAUCUUCUGCUCCCUGGCCUCCGACAGGCAUCUAGCUGGCCUCUGUGAGAACAGGAUGCUGGACAAGAUGGGCCAGCAGGCUAUUCUUAUGUUCUUAUGACUGCGAAAUCAGAAAGCGCUUUCUUCAAAUCUCAGUUCUUGACAAGGAUCUGCCACGUGUCCCUAGGCAAACCACUCUCUCAGACUCAGUCCUGGCCCCACCCUGUUCCCCCAUAUGAGGGAGGCUAACACUCACCUACUUCAGAAGGUGGUUGUGAUUAUUGAAACAAGGCAAUGUUUGUGAAGUGCUGGGGGCAGUCAAAGGGGAUAUAUAUCGGAAGCCUGUGAUCCGUGUCUGGCUGAGAGCCAAUCAUCGUAGCUAGGAUGCAAGUUGGAAGAAAAUCAGAUUUUAAAACCAAAUUGACAGAGGAGUUUAAAAUGAACCUGUUCCCAUGUAUUCUCCCUUCAAAAUAAUCAGCUUUUAAAAGGAAGUUCUGUAUUCAAUGGAAACAAGAACAGGCCCAUACUGAUGAUAUCUUAGGACUGAACCUUUGAGCUUCUAUGAAACAGUGAGUGGAAGGCUGAAAAGAACCAGAGACAAAAAUAUCUGACUUUGGAGGUCAAGUGUUUAUAAAUAUGACACAAUUGUUCAUGCAUAUUUAUUAUUCUGCAAACGACAACUUGUUCAACUAUGCAUAACAUCCCUUUCCUCUCCUCCCUGCUUUCCCCCAAAUCCAAAAUUAGUUUUGGGCUUUCCAGAUAUUGAGUAUCUGGAGACUGAGCCAGAAGGUUCGUUAUCCCAGUGCCUUUGGUGGGACCCUGAGCGGGGAAGCCUGGCUAGCCCUGUCUCUCAUCUUCUGCUGCCAAGCAAAUACAUUCCCAUUUAUGCAAAGCUUUGACUCACAGGUUGCCUUAUGAAUAUAGUGUAAUUGGUUUUAACUGGUUGCAUUCAGUGUUUUUUAUUGUUUUAGCUGUCUUUUCAAUAUUUUUCUUACUCUUGAGUGCUUCCCCAAAUGAAGCAAAGGCCAUAAUCACCAGGGAGAGGGCCUUUUUAGUAGUGGCACCCCAGUUAUGGAGCAGCCUUCCCAGGGAGGCUCACUGGCUCCAUCUUUGUGGUCUUUUCAGUGCCAGAUGAAAGCCUUUCUCUUCACCCAGGCCUUUUAAAUAACUAUAUGGCACAGGUCUCUCCAUUUUAAAAUUGGUGCUUUAACUUUGGUGGUUUUGGAAGUUUUGUCUUAUUUUCUGAAAGCUACUAUGAUUUCUUCCUAUCCUAUCCUAUCCUAUCCUAUCCCACCAUCCUUCCAAAAAGCUGAAGGUGGCAGACAUACUUCUCCUCCCCAUUUCAUCCUCACAAAAACCCUGUGAGGUGGGUUAGGCUGAGAUACAGUGACUGGGCCAAAGUCACCCAGUGAGCUUCAUGGCUGGGUGGGGAUUUGAACCCUGGUCUCCCAGGUCCUUCUCCUGCACAGUAACCACUACGCCACUUGUAGUCCUCAUGAUUUUAACUUCAAGCCAGAGGCAUACUUACUGGGUAUUAUUGAUAUGGACUUCCCUAAAAAAAUUAAUGAUAUUUUUCUCUACGCAACAGUGGCAGCGUGGAAAAGUGAAAAAGUUCUCUCAAGACAAGAGUGGGUCCAAAAAAUGAUUGACUAUGCUGAAUUAGAUAGCCUAUCUGAAAAAUUAAAAAACAAAGGAAAGAAUUCAUUUCAAAAUGGGAAGUAUUUAAAAUAUAUUUGAAAAUUAAUAAUACUGACUUAAAAUCUGUAGCAGCAUUUGAAUAAUUCCAGCAGUAUUGUUCACUAGUUAUAUGAUUUAACAUAUUUUGAAGUGAUUUGAGAUGACAGUAAUAACAUGUAUUGGCAGCAAAGAAUGGUAAUUUGAUUUAUGGAGUAGAUGGGAAGUCGGGUUUAAAAGAAGAGACCAUUACAGUUUAUGGAUUAUGAAAUUUAUAUUAAUUCUCUAUGUAAGGUGUGACUGAUGGUAUUCUCACUAUGGUUUAUUUUGUCCUUUUUGUUGUGUGUUGAGCAAAAACAAACAAACCAACCGCUAUGCCACACGGGUGCUCUGUGUUGUGGAGCAGCGUAGAAAUGCCAUGAAUAAGGGGCAGGGGACCUUUUCAUGCCAAGGGCCACAUUCCCUCCUGGGCAACCUUCCAAGGGCCACAUGCCAAUGGUGCACAGAGCCAGAAGCAAAGUGGGCAGAGCAAUUAAUGUGAUUCCCCCCCUUCAUGCAAUAGAGAGGUUCCCCACCCAUGCUGCAAAUAAAUAGGUGCAUAAAUACUUGUAUUUAAUUGUUCCUGCAUUUGUUUUGUUGUGUUUGAAACGGUCACAUUUGCCAACCUGGAACACUGGUUGGUGGAAUGGCUGUCUGGUACAAAUGUAGCAAGCAAGCAAGCUCUUGCCAUAUUCUUUCACAGGCUUCAUCGAACAAAAUUCAGAGAGCAGGGAGGCUCCUCUGUGCACAUCUGGUCAUCUUGUACCCGGAUCUAAUCCGCGAUCACAAGCACCACCUCCGGCUUUACAGGUGUGCAUAUACCUGUCCCUCGUAGAAGGAGUCAGGGGCAGCUAGUGAGCUGCAGGGUAUGUGGGCAUGCUGCUUCCUUUAGGGGCGGGGGGCUCUUGCGAGUGAACCAACUAGCUGCCCCUGAAAUUUUUCCCAAAGUCAGUGUCAGUGUUCCCUCACCCCCAGUAAAUGGUAGUGACUCUGCGGCUGGGAAGCUAUUGCUGCAGUUCUGCCUUCUACAGCAGAAGGUUGCAGCUUCUAAAAGGAUCAGUUAACAAGAGUUAACUUUCCUCCUACUCUGCCAGUUACCUUUCCAUGCCUGAGACCCUGGAGAGCCUCUGCCAGUCAGAGUAGACAACACCAUGCUGGCUGGACCAACCUAAUGUCCCUAUUCAUCCUGUACUGAAAGCCCAGCUGGUCCUGGGAUAGGGAACUUGGCCUUUCAGAUAUUGCUGGACCACAACUCUGGUCAUCCCUAACCAUUGAUCAUGCUGGCUGGGGUUGAUGGGAGUUGGAGUCCGACAACAUCUGGAGGCCUGCAGGUCCCCCAUCCCUGAGUUAGUCGAGCAACCCAUUCCCAGAGUGACCAACUUUGGGAAACCAUAAAUAGGACGUGAUGGCAAUAGUUACAGGUAGGUAAGGAAGGCAUUCUGCCUCUGAACUUGGAGGCUAUACAUGACUAAAUUGCCACUGGAAAGACCCUCCUCCCCCCCAUGAAUUGUCCUUAAAGACAGUGGCCAAUGCCGCAUCUUAUGGCAAUGAGUUCCAGAAAUUAACUAUGUCUUGUCUUGUCCUUUCCAGACAACCAAAAGAUGAAACCCCCAAAACCAAGGAAAGGGGGAGGGGGAGCGGAGGGGAGAUCUAGAGCUUUAAAACUGGAAAUCCAAUCUGAAGUUCAGAACUUGCCCAUCUAGCUCUGCUGUAGAUGGUGGGAAUUCUUCCCAUGAACUCUGUUUGGUGUCUCCCUUCCAGGCAGUGCUGUUCUGGGAAGGAGCUGGUGGAUGUGCUUCUCAGCGCAGAGUUUUCUGUACAGACGCGCAGUCAGGCCCUUGGACUCUGUCAGGUGCUGGUGGACGAAGGAGUCUUGGCUCAUGGUGAGACAACCAGAGGAAAGAAGGGGGGCCAUGACAGUCUCAGGAUCCCGCUGCUCAUUAGGCACUGCUCACGGUGCUACCUAACCAAGCUGGUCCACGUCAGAGCACUUUUGUUUUUUGCCCUGCUGUUUCCCCCAGCAAAACCCAAUCUGAACUGCUGAAUCGACACAUACAGCAGUUUGGGUUUUCUGCAGAUUGCUCUUUGCUCCGAUUCAGCAGAAGAGAGCAGGUUUCCACAGGGAAAGCCUUGGGGGGCACCGAAUUUUGGCAUUGCGCAGGGCACUGCUGAUAUUUGAAACCCCAAGGUCUGCCACUCGAGAAGGGGGCUGGAUUGGGUGCUCUCCAAGGACCCCUCACCCUCUGUUUCUUUGUGUGCCCACUGGUCUUACCCAGCAGCUGUAAUGCCACUUUGCACUCCUUCACUGUCCAGAUAGCUGCCUGUCACAGGGAGAAAGAGAAAGCUAUAAGAGGCAACGCAACUGGGAGCAGAUAUGCUGGCAGGGGGCUCUUCAUAUCUUCUGUUGGAUUGUUCUAAGGGCAGGGAAGCUGUGACCUUCCAGUAGCUGAUGACUACAGCUCCCAUCAGCCCCAGCCAACAUAGCCAGCAAUCAGGGGUGAUGGGAGGUGUUGUCCAAUAGUUCCCGGAGGACCACAGGUUCCCUCCCCAUCCCCUUGUGCUCUCUUAUUCUCAUCCUGCUUUCACCCGCCUUCCCUGUGCAGUGCGGCAGGAGAGCUAUUUCCAGGACCGCGACACCCAGUUCUUCCGCUUCGUGGCCCUGGAGCCAAGCGCUGAAGACCGGGAUGGGGAGGAGCUCCUGGAGGCACUGGCAUUGCUCACCCAGCUGGGCCCUACCGCCUUGCUCACCACCAUCUUGCACAAACCGUGAGUGUGAGGACUGAGCUAUAGUGUGGCAGGCAGGGAGGAAAUGUGGAAGGUUUAAGGCUUUGCUGCUGAUAGAACAGCAAAGCCAUUUCUGUUUAUUAGUGAACGAAAGUGCAGGUGGAUAGAUGAUAGAUAGAAAGAAAUGUAUAUAUUGUUUCCUUGAUUAUUUCAUUCAUUCGCUUUAUUUAAAUCCUGCCUUUCUAGGGACUCAUCCACACUUUUGCUUGACCUGUAUUUUGAUGCUGUUCUUUGCUGAUUAAUUCCCCUGGGUCUGAGAGCUUUUCUCAUUGUUCGCAGUUAUGCUUUACAAAAAUCUGAUAUUACGUGCUGAAUUGACGCAGGGUUAAGGAAAAUCUCUCUUUGGAUUUUAUGCACAUCUGAUAAGAUCUGAUUCAGCAAGUGAUUGGCCCCUGUGAGAACAGGAUCCUGGAUUACAUAGCCCACUGGCCUGUUCUAGCAGGCUCUUCCUAACUUUAAAAGUGAAUUUCUCGCCCUCAUGAUUGUAGCCAAGCUACCUGGCGUCUGGCCCUCGUGCCAGAGGAUAUGAUGGAGGUUAAGGACGUCCUGUUGCUGCAUUGGUAGUUUGCUCUCUUCCUUGUCCUUCCCCAUGAUCAGAAGAAGCAAGGAGGUUUAUGCCAUGAAUUUACAUCCUUUGCUUUGAAGGAGUCAGGGUAAUGCACACUGUCUUGGGGAUGAGGAUGCGGUGGUGGUGAGUGCUGUAAAGUGACAGGAGAACCUGACAUAUGUGUGCCUUACCUGUACACUCUCCUCCAGCCCUGGCCAGCGCACAGAUGAGGAGCUUGCACUGAUCUUUGAGGAGCUGCUGCACAUCAAAGCUGUCGCCCAUCUCUCCAGUUCUGUAAGUAACGGUCAGAUUCUGCCUCAUUUGGCCCAUCUUUAAUUUGAAUGCCAUGAGUAAUGGAUGGCUAGGAAUGGAAACCAAUGGGAUGGCCAAACAAAUCCCACCCACCCCCGCCAUUAGCUAUUCCAUUUGAUAGGAUGAACCUAUCUAGCAGAUUUGUCCUAUUUCCACCUGGUUGCUUCCUUUCAUUUGUCAGUCACUUCAAACCUGCCCACCUGCUGCCUGAGCCUGCGUCAGACUGGAUCCAUCUCCUAUACAGAUGUAGGGGGUGAAAAUACAUGCACGUUAGGAGGGGGGGGUUUGCUGUUACACUAGAUGUAAAGAAUUUAUGAUGCUACUUUUAGAAUUGGCACCUGUCAAGUUUUCUAAAUAUUUCAGUUUGCUUAUUUUCUCUGCUCACAUACUUCAAACACACACACACACACACACACACACACACACACACAGAGCCAUUGCAUCAAGAGUCCCUUUUUCUUCAGUUCUGAACUCAGUAUGCUUCAGUGACUUAAUGGACUGUAUUUGAUGGGUGAAUCAGAGGAGGGGAGCUGUGUCAAUUUGAACAUGCAAAGCAGUCUAAGCACAGUCCAGAAAUCAAAAACGAAAGAAUGGCAGCUGGCUGUUAAGUCCACAAAUAAGAUUAGGUGGUGAGCAGUUCACCACCACCAGGGGCAUCUGGUAACCAGAACUUUGUCAUCCAGCAUUAUUAGCAAAAUUUGACAAAUAUAGCACCGUAUGUUGAUGUUAAGAAAUAUGUAUCACUACAUUUUUUUUGUUGACUAUAAUUUAGUACACAUAAAUGAGCUUCUAGGUGGACUUCUCUUUAAGAACCACCAAGAUUACAGAGAAGUAUAGCUAUUGACUAGUAUGAAUAGUAUGUAGUAAUCAGAACUGUGCUGACCCAAGUGUGGAUGUUUCCUCCCUAGAAGCCUUUAUGCAUGUGUACCUUCCAUGAACUGGCUUCCUGCUUGGCCAACCAGUGGUGGAGCUUCAUGCUCUGGCAUUGGGGGCGGAGAGCAGGCAGGGGCGUGGCUGGCGUGCAUCCUGGGGGCAUGGCACACUGUCUGCGGGGGCAUGGCGCCCAGUAUGGGUGGGGGGAGCAGCCGCAAUGGCACCCCACCAGGAUCACGCUGCCGGGGGUGGUGCACUCCCCCCCGCCCCCUCUUCCUCUGCCAGUGUGGCCAUCACCUUUAAUCACCAAAGUUAUGUUCUGCCUCGGCUGUUUGUGCAAGUGGUUUUCUAGGGCAAUCUCAUUGCUUGUCUCCCUCCUGCCACAGGUGAAGAGGGAACUGGCUGCUGUCCUGCUGUUCGAAUCCCAUGCAAAGGCUGGAACUGUGUGUGAGUAACUGGCUGGCAAUGGUUUAGUCACUUUCAGCCUAGCUCUUCUCUUGACUUCCGGCAAGCAUUCCCAUAGCUCAGUCUGAGGGCCAUGUCUCAUCUCAGCGACCUUCUUGAGCCACAUGGCAGGGGUGGGUGGUGCCCGAGGCAAAAGUGGUCAGAGCAAGGAAUGUCAAAUUUACCUUUGUGCAAAGAGCUAUUUCUACACACACACUUUUCUCCCUUCCACCCAGCUAUCAACGUGUAUCAUCAGAGUUGAAGGACACAUUUCAACCAGCCAAACACUAUCAAGGAGCAGUAUCUUGCAGCCACUAUAAGUUGGCUUGUUUAUUUAUUUCACAAUAUUUAUACACUUCUUGAUUGUAGUUAAACCUCAGCACAGUUUACAAAAAAGAGCAAAACAAUAAAAUUAUCAGUGAAAAGCAACAAUUUAAAACCUCAAAAAAAUAAUUAAAACCAACGAUAAGCUAAAUACCAGAUUAAGAUAUGUCAGCAUUCUACCUGUCUUGAUAGGCUUGCCUGUCAAGGCACUGAAAAAGAGUCCAGUGAAGGCUCCUGCCUGCUGUCAUUAGGCAGGGAGUUCAAAAUUGGGAUGCUGCCACACUAAGGCAUCAAUUCCUUACAAAUGUGGAUUGAGUAUUAAUUAUGUGGCACCUGUAACAGUACCAGUUCUGUAGAUGGAAGCAGUCGGGUGGGUGUUCAGGGGGGUAAGACGAUCGCAUAGGUAAACUGGUCCAAGCUGUUAAGGGCUUUAUGUAGUAAUAAUAGUGGGACGUGGGUGGCGCUGUGCGUAAAACCUCAGCGCCUAGGACUUGCCGAUCGUCAGGUCGGCGGUUCAAAUCCCCGCGGCAGGGUGCACUCCCAUUGCUCGGUCCCAGCGCCUGCCAACCUAGCAGUUCGAAAGCACCCCCGGGUGCAAGUAGAUAAAUAGGGACUGCUUACUAGCGGGAAGGUAAACGGCGUUUCCGUGUGCUGCGCUGGCUCGCCAGAUGCAGCUUCGUCACGCUGGCCACCUGACCAGGAAGUGUCUUCGGACAGCGCUGGCCCCUGGCUUCUUAAGUGAGAUGGGCGCACAACCCUAGAGUCGGACACGACUGGCCCGUACGGGCAGGGGUACCUUUACCUUUUUUAUAGUAAUAAUAACACUUUGAACUUGGCCUGGUAGCAAAUCAGCAACCAGGGCAGGUCUCUGAGCAGAAGUUUUAUAUCCAGAUCAGGCGCAAGGAAAGAAGAGUGCAUUGCAGUUGUCUUUGGAAUGGGGAUGGGUCUUGUGUGUUGUUGCUGUGCCACCAUCCCAGUGACUUUUGAGAGGGUCAAAUGUGACACACAGCAAUCUUCUACCCUGUGCAAUUCAGAAGGAAAACUUCCUAUCUAUUUAUCCUCAUUUCCAAUUCCCUGUGGCAGCUCUUUUGAAGGCUCCCUUGAGAACCUGUUCUUCUUGCUUUGCCCACUUGUUCCUGUGCCCCCCACCCCACCCUAGUCCAAGCUGAUCAUUUCCUCCUUUGCCUCUAACAUGUUGCCUGUGCUUCUUUCCCUGCCCUGCUGUGACCGCCAGAUGUUUCAGACUAUAAUUCCCAUUGGCUCCAGUCAGCAUGGCCAUUCUAGCUGGGGCAGAUAGGAGUUGUAGUCCCAAACACAUUGGGGAAGGCUGGUCUGUGCCCUUGGGCACUCAUUUUGCAUGUGUCUCAAAGCAUAAGUCCCAUAGCACUGAUGCGAAGGAUUUUCCCCCUCCAGUGUUCAGCCAAGGGGACAAGGGCACCUCCUGGUACAUCAUCUGGAAGGGAUCAGUCAACGUUGUCACACAUGACAAGGUUUGUAUGUUUAAUCUCUGGAAAGGGUCAGCUUGGGGUUAAGUUCGGUGUGUGUGUAGGAAAUUUUAUAUCCACAUCUGGACUAAGAGAAAUCUAUUUACGUAGAUGUUUCUUGUCAUAUAUUGAUGCUUUUAGAUCAGAUUACAUUUAUAUACAAUAUAAUACUUGUUUGUCCCAAAGUUUCACGGUAGUAUGAACACCUUGCUUGUCAUAUUUAAUAUACUGAUCCGGCUCUCCCUCUGGUGUUCUUUUGAAAAAUAACUCAGUCAGUCAACAUACCUUUGGGGGAGGACUGUGAUUCAUAUAUCUACAUAUAUACAUACAUAAUUUUAUUUCAUCAUCAUCAUAGACUUUUAUUGGGCUAGCCAUAGGCCAUGGCAUCAUUCAGAAAAAUAACAAAAGGAAAAACAGCAAUAACCAUAAAAUCACCAGGCACUACACAUACAAUAUAAACCACGGUCACAACUACCAUGAUUAUUUGUUGCAUAAAAUGGAAUAGCAGAAGAUUCUCUAGUAAAAUGUGCCAAAUUAAAUAUCCGAAUCCCCUUUGCAGUUGACUGCUAUUUUAUCUAGUUCCUUCCUCCUGAUCUUCUUAGCUGCCAACGCAGAGAGUGCUACUUUACAAGUUACAAAGUCACAUAAUUUUAUUUGUAUGCCACCUUUCCAUGGUUGAAACCAUUCUCAAGGCAGCUUGAAACAUGGAGAAAAAUAUCAUAGAAUCAUAGAAUCAUAGAAUCAUAGAAUCAUAGAGUUGGAAGAGACCACAAGGGCCAUCGAGUCCAACCCCCUGCCAAGCAGGAAACACCAUCAGAGCACUCCUGACAUAUGGUUGUCAAGCCUCUGCUUAAAGAGGCUUAUGUAAUCACAAACAUAUCAAAAAUGAUCAUAAACAACAAAUAAAACAUCCAAAAGUACACAGCCAAGUAGAAAUGAAUUCCACAUAAAUCGUAAGAUCUAAAAUAAAAAAUAUCAGUAACAGCAACAAUCCCCAUCCCCCCCCCCACUGCCCAAACCCGCAAACAGUGCCCAGCCUAUGAGUCAGCAGCCUCAGGUUUAGCAAGAGUGCAUGUGUUGCACCCAAAAAGUCCCGAGUUGAGUCUGGAAAGGACACCUGCAUGAAACCCUGAAGAGCCCCUGCCCACCAGGAGUGGCUGCCCUGAGACGUAGAUGCUUUGCCAGUCAGAGAACAAAAAUAAGCCUAUUGCGAGGGGUGGUGGUGACAGCAGCGAGGGGAGGGAAAAUAAAGGAGAAUUGGUGAGUGGCCUUGGUAUUCAGUUGCCCUCAGCAGGGUCCCCCGUAUUUGCCAUGGAAAUGUCCCUGGGAGCAGUAACGGACGUGGUGCACUCACUUUUCAGGGCUUAGUAUCCACUCUGCACGAGGGUGAUGACUUUGGGCAGCUGGCGCUGGUGAAUGAUGCCCCCCGUGCAGCCACCAUCAUCCUCCGUGAAGACAGCUGCCACUUUCUGCGUGUGGACAAACGGGACUUCAAUCGCAUCCUCAAGGUGGGCCAGGAGUUGGGUCACACAUGGAGGCUGGGGUCCUUCCAUUCUCUGACAGUUUUCAGCGCUCAAUAGUUUGCCCUGGGAAGGAAUUUUGUCUCAAAUGUAAGGAAUUUGAGGGCAUUAAGGGAUCAGGAGGCAGCAAUAAAUGAAGUUACCAGCAGUUUCUCCAGGACUUCUGCCACACGUCUGUGCCUGAAUGUUCUCCUUUCCUCUGUACACUAAGCUCCUUGCUUUGAAGUCCCUCCAUCCCACCUGCAAAGCCUGGUUGUUUAUUAUCCUGUCCUUUCCAGAAGCAGCCUUGCUUUCCCUUAGGCACCUGAGCAGGGAUCCAUUGUGAAGGGCAGGUUGCAAAUGACCAGUCACUCUGUUUCAACUGGGCAUUUGCCCAUUCCUGGCUGGUCUUCCUCCGCAUGCUUCCAUUUUAUCAGUGUAAUGCAAAAUGUAUGCAUAUAGGAAUAGUCUGCAAAGCCUUCUUUUAAUUGUGUCCAGCUGUGAAGCAAGCUGACUCCCCCUAUUCAUUCACCUAGACUGAAAAGUAAGCUUCAGAUAUGAUUUACUUACACGAGGUCUUGCAUUGGUUCUCAGCUACAGCAGCAGUAAAAACUAUGCAGGUAAAAUACUUACCGUAUUUUUUGCUCUAUAAGACUCACUUUUUCCCUCCUAAAAAGUAAGGGGAAAUGUGUUUGCGUCUUAUGGAGCGAAUGCAGGCUGCGCAGCUAUCCCAGAGCCAGAACAGCAAGAGGGAUUGCUGCUUUCACUGCGCAGCAAUCCCUCUUGCUGUUCUGGCUUCUGAGAUUCAGAAUAUUUUUUUUCUUUUUUUCCUCCUCCAAAAACUAGGUGUGUCUUGUGGUCUGGUGCAUCUUAUAGAGCGAAAAAUACGGUAUAUUUACAGUAGAAACAGCUUCAGACGUAUGCCUGUUACUGGAACAAGCAGAGGGCAUGUCUGCCCUCAUGGCUUGACGAAGGAAGAGAGAGAGAGGAGGAAAGAGGAAAUUCUGUAUGUUCCUUGUCCCCCAGGAGAGGAGGGGGAAAUAACAUCACACAGAGCCCCCUCUACCCAUUACAUUUCCAUGGUCUGAGUCUUUGCCUAUCAGCAAUACAGCUCUGUGGUUAUUUGCCCCUCAACUUACUAACUAGCAAGAAUAUGCAUUGUUGGAUUUGACUGCAAUCUCUCACAGCAGAUAUAGCAUAGAACUAGAAUAGAACUAGAAUCCUAGGCCUCUUUCCCUGCUUUACACCAUUAUGAAAUUAGUUGUGUGGCAGAGUGAGCAGACUGGGCUGAGCACUUUGACUUCAAGUGGAGGAGCUGCACGAGGCUAGUAUCUUGAUGUGAUACCCAACAUGGAAUUCAGAAGUGUACAACUCAGUGAUUUUCUGCCCUAAAGGAGGCCCAUUAGGAUAGCAUCUGAGGAUGUCAUUGGCCUAGGGCCAAUGGCUGUUAUUCAGCUCCAGUGUAGACGUGCCCGAAGCAUGGUAAGGCAACCCAGUUCACUAGCUUAUGCUUUCCUGUCUAGGAUGUUGAAGCCAACACUCUGCGGCUGAAGGAACAUGGGAAGGUGGUGCUUGUUCUGGAGAAGAAUUUGCAAGGCAGCAGCUCCAGUCACCUUCCUGGGACUCCAGGGAGCAGUAGGUACUGCGGUCUGGCCCCCUUCACUUCCCUGCUCCCUCCUAGAGGCAGAAGUAGCUUCUGUCUGAUGCACCCACAGGCUCUUUCUGCUUGUUUUUCUUGCCUUCCCCACAAAACAGGGCUGGGUGUACUUCCUUCUCUUGGAAGUGCUUUGCAGGCAGCUGCAGAAGCAGCUCAUCCGACUGCCAUGGUGCUUUUUCUAGAGGAUCUUAAUGUAGCAUUGCUGUUGGAUUCCACAUGAAAUAGAAUCAGAGAGAACAUUUGGAGUUUUCCUGAUGCCAAAACAUUGGGGCUCCCCACUCCCCCCACAGGAAGAUGUAUUUAAAUUUCCAUCUGCUUCUGUAAGAUCCACUGGGCAAGUAUGGUAGUUGUCGAUAGUGUAGUUCUUCUGCAUGCUUCUUUGCUCAUGUGCAACCUUAAGACUACAAAAUAUACGAUACUGUACAACUGUGGGCACAAAAUAUGGACAGGAGAUCAUCACUCAUUGUUUGUGUGGCAAUUCUAGACUACAAAACCUAUUAUGUAAUGUGUUUGUGAGAAAAAUAUUCAUAUGCCAAACCUGGGUUGUUGUUUUCCCCCAAAAUCAGCUAAUGAUAUGGGAAGGGGGGGCAUUUACUGCUUAGGUGCAUCACUUGCUUCUGGUUUCCACCUCAUUGUCAUGCUAUCUGAGAAGUUCAUGCUUUCCUCUCCUGUUCAGGUACUCAGUGAUGUCUGGGACCCCUGAAAAAAUACUUGAUUAUCUGCUGGAAACCAUGCGUCCAGACUCUACGCUCUCUGACCCCAUAGGUAAGUCGAGGGCCACUUAAAGAGAAGGGUUAGUUAAUACACCGGAGAAAACCCCAUGCCAGUCCUUGGUUCAUGGGCCACUUUAGAGCUAAGAACUGGGGAAAGAAGUUUGAACAGAGGGGCAUCUACACAGGCACAUUCCUUUGUAUUUGUGGAGUUGUUGUCUCCCUUGAAGUGUACAGGGCAAUGUGUGUACACUGGAAGAAUGCGCAUGGGACGAUUUGUCAGGUUACAGGAGUUUAAAUGCAGAUCAUCUAGGAGAGCAUCUAGCCCUUGUAAUAAUGUUUCACCAUGCUUCUCUGCCAUCUCUAUAGACACCUUCCUUGGAGAUUUCCUUCUGACACAUAAUGUGUUCAUGCCAACACCACAGCUGUGCAGAGCUCUGCUCCAACAAUAUCCUUUGUGGUUUGUUUCUCUGCUGGAUCCUACAGCCCUAGUCACCAAGCAGUUCUGUUUGGAAGGCCACUUUAGAGGCCUAGUUUGGUGGGCUGCUGGCAAGCUGUUCCCUGUGCAUGCCUGCCUUGCCUCUGGGAUGCUAAAUAGCAGUGUUGGGGAGGAGACUUUGGGGACCAGAUUUGGCCCAGGGUCUGCUAGCUGCUCAUCCUUGCACUAGAGAGAUCCCAGAUGUAUGCUCCAUACAUCUCUAGUGUCCCAGGUUAAGAAUGAAAGUGGCUUCGUCUGAACAGCAUACAUUUUAAUCAGGGCUGUAAAUUCUAGUUGAUUAAUUGGCUAGGUUAACCAAUUAAUAAACUUUAGUUUGACUAAAAGGGCAUCUCAGAUUAAGGGAGCAAAAGUUGUAAAUCAUGACUAAUUUGCCUCAUUGAUUUAAGCUUUAAGCAGCAGCUGGGUUUAGCUGCCAUUUUUAGGACUCCGACCAGAGCGACUUAGCCUAAGACCCCCUAAAACCUAGAGCUGGGCCUGGUCCACCUUGCAUACGGCUGUGUUUCUGUGUCUCCUUGACUACUGUUCACCUUUCAUUCGGAACCGUCGGAGGGCACCGAACAGGACAAAGCUGCCUACAUCCUGGGCAAAAGGCAGAAGAUCCUGUGGCUGGUGAACCAGUGGGUGUUGCUCUAUGGGCGCCUGCUGCAGGCAGAAUCCAGCUCUGUGGCCUUCUUGCAGGUAACAGGAUGGGUGCAGGGAGCAGUACUAGAGGUGCAACACAAAGAGAGGAUGAGAGGAUAAAAGUCGACUUGGGUUGGUGGGAGGCUGUUGCUUGCUUGGCAUGAGAUUGCAUCUGCAGGAGGCUGGUCUGCUCCUUCUUGCUCUGUAGCAACCAGCCUGGCUGCUUCUGCUCAUCAGCUCUGGCCGUUCUCUUGCAGAGCCUGUCUGAGUGUGCAGCCCAGGAUGCUCGUCUGGGCCCCCUGCUUAGGGAACAGAUGCAGGAUCGCCGGAGGAACCGAGUGUGAGUCUUCUACUCUGCCCCAGUUUGUGUUUGCGAGGAUCUGGGUAUGUGCGGGGAAGAUGAGGCAAAAAAGAAUGGCAAAAUACCUGGUUUCCUCAGGGCAAGUCUUAAUGUCUGUAAUGUGAUUUGAUAUGUUAUGAUAUGUGUAUCAAAAUACACAUGUGGAUGAUUGCAGGGUUACCUUAUUUCCUGAUUUAGGAAGCAUAUUAGAGCAGCCUUCAGAUGUGCAGCUACUCAGGCAAUCAGACCAAAGUUGGUCUGUAAAAGCUCUUCUUACCUGGUAGGUGCUCACCCCAUCAGGUGAUUGAUGGUGGUUUCGGAAGACUCUGUGAUGACACGAACACAUCUGAAGGGAACUCUGACCUUCUGAGAGGCUCACUUCUGCAGACACUUUGCCCUUCCAUCCAGUGUGGGGAGAGGUCUACUAAUCACAACGAUGGCUAUGUUUGACCUCCAGUACAACUCAGUGCCAGCCUCUGGGAACAAGAAGCAGGAGAGGCGUAUUGUAUUCGAGUCCUGCUUGUGGGCUUCUCAACAGCAUCUGUGUGGCCACUUUGAGAACUGGAGGCUGGACUAGAUGAGCCUUUGGUCUGACCCAGCAGGUGUCUUUUGUUCUGAGAGGUGAAGGGGAGAAGCAAGGUCAGAUAAAAUAUGGACAAAAUGUGUUCCUUAACCCCCACCCCGCCCCCCGGUCAUUCCUUCUCUACACUAGGUGAGUUAUUUUAAAUGGGUGGGGAAGGUCUGAUGUUUGGUUGCACCUGGGGUGCCUCAAUAUCUUACUGGUCUCUUUCAUUGCUGAAAUUGAGCGGUUGCUGCUUUGCUACAGAGUCUGUUUCUCGCACUUCCUGCAAAUGCAGCCUGCAAGAGCUGAGCCAACAUGAAUAGCUGUUGAGAUCUGAUAAUAUUCCCUCUUUGUUUUUUAAAAAAAUAUUUUUAUUCGAUUUUACAUUUAACGUUUGCAUUCACAUGUUCAAAUAGGAGUCUCUGAAUCCCUAGACUUCCCUCCCCCUCAUGGGUUCCAUAGUUAUUCUUUUCCAACUGCAUCGCAUAAUGUUCUCCAUAUCUCCUUAAAACUCAGCUGUUACCAUAGUUCUUGUUACAUUGCAAGUGUUUUUAAAAUCCUGCCAAUGUUUUUAAUUGUUUACAGUGUUAUUUUUAUUAAAUUUAUUAUCUUCCUGGUUUCUGAUCUUCCCGGUCAUUUUUGCACAGUCCAUCAUCUUUGUUAGCCAUUCUUCUCUGCUAGGUACUUUAUCUUCCUUCCAUCUCUGGGCCAGCAGUAUCCGCGCAGCUGUCGUAGAGUACAUAAAUAGUCUUUUCUGCUCCUUUGGUAUUUCUGGACCUAAAAUUCCUGGUGAAAAAAGCUUUUUCACAAAAGUUAUUUAAAACAUUUUUUUCAACUCAUUAGAAAUCAUUUCCCAGUAUGCUUUUGUCAUUUUGCACAUCUACCACAUAUGAUAGAAUGUGCCUUCUUUCUCUUUAUACUUCCAACAAAUAUUUGUAGCAAUUCUAUACAUUUUUGCUAAUUUAGUAGGAGUUAGGUGCUAAUGGUACAUCAUUUUCCUAUAAUUUUCCUUCAACAUACAACAUGCUGUAAAUUUUAGAUCUCCCCUCCAUAACUUUUCCCAUGAUGAAAAUUGUAUAUUAUGUCCAAUAUCCUUUGCCCAUUGUAUCAUUACUGAUUUAACUUCUUCAUCUUUAGUAUGCCAUUCUAACAACAGUUUAUACAUUUUUGAAAGUAAUUUCUCAUUGUUUUCCAGUAAGUCUUUUUCAAACGUUGAAAUUUCCUUACUAAAACCAUUUCUUUUACCCUUCAUAAAAACAUUUAAUUGGUGAUACUGCAACCAGUUACUAAAAGUCUUAUAUCCUCAAUUUUUCUCAUUUUAAAGUGAUCUUCUACUUCCAUUAACAGCUCUUUAUAAGUUGCCCAUUCACUUCUUGCAUUUACUUUUUUCAAGGAUGUUGCUUCUAGUGAGGAGAGCCACCAAGGUGUUUUCUGUUCCAAUAGGUUUUUGUAUUCCUCCCACACUACAUAAAUCGAUUUUCUUACCAAGUGGUUUAGGAAACCUUUAUGCACUUUUGUCUUUUCAUACCAUAGAUAUGCAUGCCAACCAAAUCUUUAUCAUGGCCUUCUAAAUCUAGAAUAUCCACAUUCUUUUAAGUUAUCCACUCCUGAAGCCAGCAAAGACAGGACACCUCAUAAUAUAAUCUCAGGGAGAAGCCACGUCUUUCCUUAGUACCAGUUAGCAAAUUAUAUUUAAUCCUUGGUUUCUUCCCCUGCCAAAUAAAUUUAGAAAUAUCUUUUUGCCAUUGCUUGAAGUGUCCUGCUCCACUGAUUACGGGAACUGAUUGAAAUAAAAAUAGCACUCUUGGCAAUACAUGCAUUUUUAUUACUGAUAACCUUCCCCAUACCCCCAAAUUUUUCUUUAUUUCUUUCCAAGUGGAUGUAUAGUUGUCAUUGAAAAUAUUUAUAUUACAGUCAUACCUCGAGUUGAAUGCGCUUCGGGUUGAGUGUGUUUGAGUUGCGCUCCGCGGCAACCCAGAAGUAACGGAGUGCGUUACUUCCGGGUUUCACCGCUUGCGCAGACGCUCAAAAUGAUGUCACGUGCAUGUGUGGAAGUGGCGAAACGCGACCCGUGCAUGCGCAGAUGUGCCGUCGCAUCUUGCGUUCUGUUCAGGAUGCGAAUGGGGCUCCAGAACGGAUCCCGUUCGCAUCCCGAGGUACCACUGUAUUUGUCAUCAACCAUACACCUAAAUAUUUUACAUUUUUAAAAUUAACAGUUCUGUUUUUUGUUGUAAAUCUUUUUUGUAUUGUUCUGUCACAUUUUUUACCAACAUUUUCAUUUUGUUUUUAUUUAACUUAAAACCUGCAACUUGGCGAAACUCAGAAAUUCUAUUUAAGACCCUUGGUGUACUUACCAUUGGGUCUUCUACUGUUAUCACAAGGUCAUCCGCAAAUGCUUUCAGUUUAUAUGCUUUGCACCCAGCUGUCAUUAUACCUUUUAUUCCUUCAUCUGAUCUUAUACAUCUCGCCAGGGUUUCCAAACCUAGAAUAAACAGUAAUGGUGACGGGGUCCCUUUUUCCUCUUUGGACAGGUUAGAAAAUGGCAACAACUGUGCAUCUCCGAAGCUUCAGGUAAAGUACAAGUCCUUUGCCAGAGAAUCAACAGUUCUUCGCUAAAGGGAGCUGCAGUUGCAAACAACGCACAGCAGACAAACAUGCUUAAUUAUUUUCAUUUGAAAAGGCGGCUCCCUUCCCUCCACUAAUUUGAAAUAUUUUUGUCAGAAAUAAAGCAUAACUCAAGUUAGGCGACACUCAAGAAAAGACAGUGGACAGACAAGAAUCAUGUUAUUCCAUUCCAUGGCACCAGGGGCAGGAGCAGAGGAAUUAUCCAAAACUCUCCUCUUUUCCAUUUUAGGCAACUUGCUUGGUUAUGUAUUUCUCAAAAUAAUGCGGUCUAGAAAUGUGAAAAUAAAAUCUAGGAUGGAGCCAUCUCAUUUCCCCUGCAGAAUAAAAAGCAAGAUCCAAAAAUUCACAGCCUUGCAUGUCAGAUGGAUUCUGGUCUCUAUGUAGCCAUGAAAUAGGGCCUGUUUGCUUCACCCUCAAGGUUUGGGCUAGCUCCGUAGUUGGUAAGCAUGUGCCACACCCAAGGAGUGACAGUUCGUCACAUCUCUGAGUUUGUGUUUGAGGCAAGCACAGAUAACCCCAAAUUUCUUCACCAAGGCAUCUUGCCAAGACGGAGAGGGCAGAGACCUCUGGCUGUUCUGUGGCUGGAAUGGAGCCUCCUGUACAAAGGCAAGCGCCACAUCCCAUGUGCUGCCCACUUUUGAUUCUGCCCCCUUCACCAGGGGAAUGUGCCCCUCCCUUCAAGCAUUGCUCAUUCAGGGCAAGCGACUCUCUGACGGAAAAAGAUUUCCUACUCUCCAGGUUAUUGCUGGUAGGUUUUAGCCUUAUUUACAGGCCUGGGCCUGAAGAUGCCUCUGGGUGGAAGAGAAUCCCAUUGCACCUUCAUGCAUCCUUCUGUCUUUCCGUCACCCCCAGGUGCGAAGUGCAGUGGACUGGUUUGCCAGCCAGGAGGAACCCUUUCUGAACAGCAGCUAUACUAUCCGAGCCCAGGACAAAGGUAAUUUAGCGUUGCUUCCUCGCUCACUCGGUCGCUCGCCAAGCCAGCCUGCCCUUUGCUUUGCCCUUUCGUCUGGACAAUUCUCAGAAUGCCAGGAUGCCCCAGCCAACAUGGGAGGUACGUAUAUCCAGCCCCCAAGGUGGCUACAGUAACAUGGCUGGAGAGUUCCAAUUGGCUGGAUUUAUUUUAUUUUUAUUUGUUAAGUUUAUAUUCUGCCCUUCAUCACAUAUGUCCACAUAGGUGAUGCAGUCCUGCUAUAAUUGGCAUUACUGAUGAUUGAACUUGAAAGCUUCUGUGAGCAAAGUGUACAAAGCUUUAGCUCCUGCAUUAAAGCUGCUGUGCUAAGAUCCCCUCCUUUUUCGUCUCUUUCCUCACUUCUCCUAUAUAGUCCCGUAUGACAUAUACAGGCCAGACUACUCCUGCCUCACGACGGUGCUUCGGGUGAAUGCUUCAGUCCAGGAAGUGCUCACAUCCCUGGCAGACUGUCCUGGUUGGAGCAAAGACUGGGUCCUGGUCAAGAUCAAUUCCGUGGGAGGUGAGUGAGCCUCUCAUGAUUCCCUCUGAGAACAUACAUGGUCUCUGGUGGCAGCCCAGUAUUGCAUGGUGAUGCAGGUGAUAUGGAUCCACUUGCAGCCCCCACAAUGUGCAUGAUUUCAGCAGCCCUUUCUCAAGGAUGAAACAGAUGUAAACUGUUUUGCAGCCCUGGGAAAGAAUUCUUGCUGUGUUUAAUCCAGAGGUGCUUUUGUGUCCCAUGUUGAACUGUGAAGAAAGUGGUUAUUCAGGCUUACAGCAGAACUGUGUGCAUAGAAGGGGCCAGCUCUGUCAUUAGGCAGGGUGAGGCAGCUGAUUCAGGCUGCAGAUUGUGGAGGGCUGCUGCCCCCAUUCCGAGCUGCUGCCCCUGUGCUUACCUGUUGCUGGUCUGGGUUGACUGGCUGUCUCCACUUCACCACCUUCUCACCUUUUCCAGAAGUGCCAGAGAUGGGGGGAAAAGCCCUGUUUAAAUGAGCAGGCAAAGAAGCAGCCAGCCCACUGGGAGGUCAUGCUGAAUUUAUCAGCUUUCAAAUUCCCAAAAUGAAGAGGGCUAAGAACUUGUAACGUGACUUGGGCGUUCAAGAUAUUUUGGUUAAAUUAACAUAAUUUAGUUUGACCUGCUAAGUAAAAUGUGUGUGAAAUUGCCUAGAAAUCAUUAAAAAUGAUUGCCAACUACUUGUAGUUAUAUUAUAUAUUAAUAUUAUUUAUUUAUUAUUGUUAUUACUUAGCAUUACCUGAUAUUUUCAGAAGGUGAAAUUUAAAAUUCUUUGCUUUUCUGAAAACAGCCUAUGUGCUUUUUCAUCAAACAUAGACUUACCAAUCACAAAAAUAAUAGCAUAUUUGAAUCCGUCACACCCAAAAACAUGUUUUUAAGAUCCCUCACUGAAGAAAUUUGCAAAAAUUAAGCUUCACCUCCUAAAAUGACACACCUUGCCAGCCCACACCAUAGGGGGUUUUGUGUGUGUGUGUGUGUGUAUCCCUCCAGACAUGAUUAAUUUCUGUACCUCUUUUAAGUUCUGCUUAUACUCAGAGAGAAAAGACUCCAGGGAAGUACUGAAUGAUAGGAUUUUUAUGAAUGUGACUCUACGGGGGCACAGGACUGCUGUGGUCUAGCUUUGGAUUUGGGGAUGCAGAAAACUGCCCUGUCUUGCCUUAGUGACUGGCCUCCCCUCGUGGACUGAUUUCAGGGUUAUUGAUUGCUUUUUUACUAGAACCCCAAGAUCAACCAGCCAGAGCCAGGUGCAAAAGACAUGUAGUUGGAAUUAAAGAACAGGGUGCUUCUGACUACAUUCUGAGCCUUGGAAUUUCUUUGCAGUGCCAGAAAUAAGCUGAGCUAAUAGUCCUGCCAUGCAAAGUCCACCCCGGUUAGCUUUCUGCAUCAGUUUAGGUGUUUUGUUCUUGCAUUGUUGAAUUGGGAGUUGGAACUCAUGGCUGAUAUGUUACAAAUCACUCUGAGGUUUACCCGUAAUGGCUCAGGACCAAUAAACUGUUUAGGGAAGUUUUUAAUGUUUGAUGUUUUAUCGUGUUUUUAAUAUUCUGUUGGAAGCCGCCCACAGUGGCUGGGGAAACCCAGCCAGAUGGGCAGGGUAUGUAUGUAUGUAUGUAUGUACGUAUGUAUGUAUGUACUGGUAUGUAUGUAUGUUUGUUUAUUUUUUCUUCUGCUCACACCUAGAUUUGUCAGUUAGGCUUGGAAAUAAGGGUUCCUUGAGCAAUACUGCUCCCUUGUGGCAAUUUGGGGCACUGCCAUGUCUCUUGUUCCUUCUUUCUGGCAGAUAAAGAGGUCUUGCCCUUGGAGGCCUUUGGUGUGUUUACAUCCCUGGGGCUGAAUGAGAGACUCUUUGCUGCCACUGUCCAGGAGCUUCACAGCUUGGUGAGUGUGUUUUCCCUGCAGAUUCUCGCAAAGCUCUCACUUUGAUUCUCUGGCUCAACCCCCUGGACACAAGUGGUAAAAUUAUCUUCUGCACAAUCCCCAUGGAUGUAACCAUCUGACAAAAGGAAGCACGCUUGAGUUCUCUGCUGCUCAUCAGCUGGUGAAUGGUGGGUUAAAUCCUGCUUUUUUGGCUGCGCACCCCUGUUCGCAGCAGGGGAACUGGUACUCAUAGACAAACUGAGCAGUAAGGAGGUUAAAUCCUUCUGCUUGGGCUCAGCACAUCGGUUUCCUGUGGGAAGGAGGUGGGUGCCACUGCUGCAGACUUGGUGCACUCACCCACCAGAGUGGCAUCAGCUAAACUUCAAACGACUCAGGACCAUAAUACCUCUUGUUUUGUUUUUUUUAAUAGUAUUUAUUAAGGUUUUACGUUUACAAAAAAACAAAAGAAAAAACACCAAAUUAAACAAUAACAAAACAACACAUCACAAUAAAAAACAGAAAAAUAGAAACAAUUAAAACCAAAGAAAAAAGACAAAAGAAAAAACAACAACAAAUCAAGCCUUCCCAUAACUUAUCUUUCAUUUGCUUGUUUCCCUGACCUCCUCUCACCUCCCUUUUUUGUAUUCUAAGUCAAUUAUCCAUUUCAGCAAAUCCUUUCCCUCUCUUCAAAAUUUUUAUCCUGAAAAUUUAUCUUGAUCUUAAUAUAAGUUUACUUUCCCUCUUUUCACCAAUUAACAGUCUGUUUUUCUUAAAUCUUUGAUACAUUUUUGCUAAAAUCACAUAGAUUCAUUCCAACAUCAUUCUAACAUUCAUUAAUUUUACAAUGUUUCUGUAAAUAGUCUUUAAAUUUCUUCCAAUCUUCCUCCACCAACUCUUCUCCCUGGUCUGCCAGUCAUUUCCGCCAGUUCCAUAUAGUCUAUCACCUUCAUCUGCCAUUCUUCCAGAGUGGGUAGAUCUUGUGUCUUCCAAUACUUUGCAAUAAGUAUUCUUGCUGCUGUUGUGGCAUACAUAAAGAAAGUUCUGUCCUUCUUUGGCACCAAUUGGCCGACCAUGCCCAGGAGAAAGGCCUCUGGUUUCUUCAGAAAGGUAUAUUUAAAUACCUUUUUCAUUUCGUUAUAGAUCAUCUCCCAGAAAGCCUUAAUCCUUGGGCAUGUCCACCAAAGGUGAAAGAAUGUACCUUCCAUCUCUUUACAUUUCCAGCAUUUAUUAUCGGGCAAGUGAUAAAUUUUCGCAAGCUUGACUGGUGUCAUGUACCACCUGUAUAUCAUUUUCAUUAAAUUCUCUUUUAAGGCAUUACAUGCCGUGAACUUCAUACCUGUGGUCCAUAACUGUUCCCAGUCAGCCAUCAUAAUGUUAUAUCCUACAUCUUGUGCCCAUUUAAUCAUAGCUGAUUUCACCGUUUCAUCCUGAGUAUUCCAUUUCAACAGCAAGUUAUACAUUCUUGACAAAUUCUUAGUUUUGGAGUCUAACAGUUCUGUUUCCAAUGUUGAUUUUUCCACCUGGAAGCCGAUUUUUUUAUCCAAAUUAUAUGCCUCCAUUAUCUGAUAAUAAUGAAGCCAGUCUCGCACUCUAUUUUUCAAUUUUUCAAAACUCUGCAGUUUUAAUCUGUCUCCCUCUUGUUCCAAAAUUUCCCAAUAUUUCGGCCAUUUAGCCUCCAUAUUGAGCUUUUUCUGAGCCUUGGCUUCCAUUGGUCACAACCACCUUCGGGUUUUAUUCUCAAGCAAAUCCUUAUAUCUUAUCCAAACAUUAAACAGUGCUUUUCUGACAAUAUGGUUUUUAAACGCUUUAUGUGCUUUGACCUUAUCAUACCACAGAUAUGCAUGCCACCCAAAAACAUUAUUAAAACCUUCUAAGUCCAACACAUCAGUGUUCUCAAGAAGCAUCCAUUCUCUCAGCCAGCAAAAAGCGGCUGAUUCAUAAUAAAGUUUUAAGUCUGGCAGGGCAAAUCCACCUCUUUCCUUAGCGUCAGUUAAUAUCUUAAAUUUUAUUCGAGGUUUCUUGCCCUGCCAGACAAAUCUAGAGAUAUCUCUCUGCCACUUCUUGAAACACUCCAUUUUAUCCAAUAUUUGCAAUGUUUGAAACAAAAACAACAUCCUUGGCAAUACAUUCAUCUUUAUCACAGCAAUUCGGCCUAGCAAUGAUAACUUCAGAUUUGACCAUAUUUCUAGAUCCUUUUUCACUUCCGUCCAACAUUUUUCAUAGUUAUCCUUAAACAGAUUCAAAUUCUUAGCAGUCAUGUUAACCCCUAGGUCAGGACCAUAAUACCUCUUGGACCCCCUCUCGCCAUGUUAACCAACCUGGACCUUGUGAUCGUCAUUGGAGGCCUUUUUGUGUAUGCCUUCUCCACGACAGGUCCAGAAGUUGUGUAUAUUUGAGAGCAGGCCUUUUUUGUUGUGGCUCCCCAUUUGUGGAAUGGGAAGCUCGCCUGGCGCCUUCAUUACACAUCUUUAGGUGCCAGGAGAAGAGGUUUCUCUUCAACCAGGCCUUGGGCUGAUUAACAUUCUAUGGCCUUUUAAAUGUGUCUGUGGGAGCAGGGGUAUUCGCUUGUUUUUGUUUUAUGUAUUUUGUGUUUUCAUUUUGUAUUUUUGCUUGUGUGAAUCACCCUGGGAUCUUUGGAUGAAGGGUGGUAUACAAAUUCAAUAAAUAAAUAAACAUACCAGCCUAUCGACAGUUGGGCACAGUUUUGGGGGAAUGCCUUAUAGGCCAAAUUGCAUGCACACAGGCCUGCAUGCGCACAGGUGCCCCUGCAGAGUGGCUUGCACUUAUUUCUCCUCCCAUUUGCACAGGCCCCUCACCCUGAGCAGCAAGGCCCCACGGCGGGUUCUUCAGAAAACCUGGAUUUCAUCAGCUCCAAGGACCUGGCCAACCAGUUCACUGAGCAUGACUGGAACCUCUUCAAAAGCAUCCAUCAAGUAAGGAGAUCUGUUCCCAGAUGAAAUCUGUUGUAGUGAGGCACCAGACCCUGGGACUGAGGAGAUCUUGCUGUGCACACACACUGCAACCUGCCAUUCCUCACCCUCAUGUCCAUGGCAUUGUGCAGAGAUUUUGACAGCUGCCCUGCAUGUCUAAGGUGGAGGAGAGUGGUUGCAUGUCUUCAAGUGGAGCUGAGCCAAAGCAUUAUAUUUUUAAGGUUGGAUUUCAGCGGAGACUCUCCUGGCUGUUGUGUUUUUUAAGGUGGAGCUGAUCUACUACAUAUUUGGACCGCAAAAGUUUCCCAGUGCAACCACGGCGAACCUGGAGCGCUUUCUGUGCCGUUUCAAUGAGCUGCAGUUCUGGGUCACCACCGAGCUCUGCCUCUGUCCUGAUGUUAUCAAGAGAGCCCAGCUGCUCCGAAAAUUCAUCAAGCUGGCUGCACAGUAAGAGUUUCAGCCAAAGGAAAGCAGUUGGCCAGGAAUGAGCAGGCAUCAGGCUUGCAAAUUUGAGGCUGUGUUUUGUUUUCACUAGAACCCCAAGGUCCGGAGCUGAGAGCAAAAUAGUGGCUCAGGGGAAUAAGUUAUUUGUGAGACAGACAUGCUUGGCCCAGAAAUUUGUUCUCGGUAACUUUUACACUCUGUUCUCUGAAAAUGCCAUGGGUGCCAACUUGAACAAAACAUGGGCACUUAUAUGGGCACCUCCCAGUACUUCUGCAGAGUGCACCUUCCUCAGCCAUGCACAGCUGGGCACAGGCCUCCCCCCACUUGCCUCUCACUCCCCACCUGCAUGCAAGAAGUUUCUGCUUGCUCACCUGUCUCCCACCCAUCACCCACUCACCUCUCUUACGGUCCUGCCUCUCCCCAGCUGCCCUGGCAUAGACACACCUGGAAAUGGCACCAAAAGCCAGGAGUCAAGAUGGGAAAGAGGGCAGUGCUCAGUUUGGAGAGAGGGAGGAAAGGAGGGAGGAAGGCAGCAACUGGCAUAAAACAUUGGGGGGCCGCCCCCUAAAUAUUUUAUUGCGGGGGAGGGGCGAAGGUACCAUGGCCCCAUAGAGUUGUCGCCUUUGGAAAGUGCCAUUCCUGAUUUUCUCCCAAGAUCUCUGGGUUUCAGCAGCCUUAUUUCAUUGAUUUUUGAAAAAGAUUUCUGAGCCACCCUUUACCACAAUAUGACACCAGGCUGGGGUAAAGUCACAAGAAUGAAAAAUAGCAAAACCAGCGCCAGAUCCCGACACAGUCAAAUAUAUUGAAAGAGUAUGAGAGAGAGAGGUCUUAAUGUUAUCACUAUUGUUAAACUAUUGGAAAGCGGAAAUCCUUGCUGAUCUACUGAUCCAAAGAUCUACCUGUAGGCUUGAACUAGCUUCUGGCCACUCAUGUAUGUAGGUCACCUCCUUUUUCUAGGCGAGACCAUGGCUUUGAGCACUGUGGGAGCAGGAAAGCCUGGCUUUCACAUGAGAAGCGUCUGGGGGCUCACACUCACUUCCGCUUUGAGCUGAGUGCCUCUUGUGUCUUUGUUUUCAGCCUGAAGGAUCAAAAGAACUUGAACUCUUUCUUUGCAGUGAUGUUUGGCCUGAGCCAUUCCACCAUCAGCCGCCUCUCUAGGACCUGGGAGGUACAUUUCUGCCACGGAGGGAAGGGAAACAAACUGAACUAACCAUGCAUGCUUUGAAACUGCUUAUAUACCAGCCUUCUCCAACCUGGUACACUUCAGAUGCUUUGGACCACAAUUCCCAUCGCCCCCGACCAUUGGCCACAAGGCUGAUGAAGCUGGUGGGAGUUGUUAUCCAAAACAUUUGGAAAGCACCAGGUUGAGAAAGGUCAUAACAGCAGCAACAAUGAGAAGUGAUUUGCUGCCUUUUCAAUUGCCAGUCCUUGCCACCAUUUUGUAAGGUGCCACCAUGGAUCUAGCAUUCCUUUUGGGGGAUGCAGGUGAAGGCUGAAGCGAAGGCAGGGCUGCAAAACAGCUGUUGAAAGGGGGAAUGUGAUUAUGUGAGAAGGAGCCCGGCCUCAUCAUGGUCACAUCACACAUGCCUGGAUAUUGCCUGUAUCUCCUAGCCUGAUAGCACAUCACUUGCAUAGAUUAACUGUAUGUAUUCUGUUUGAGAUAUUGCAGGAAAAUACUAAAGUUUUAUCUGUGGCAUUAGAUGUGUCAAUUCUGUCCCCCCCCCAUGCAAAUCCCUUCUAAUCAAAGUACAAACGGUGCAUGCGAGAACUUGCCCUGACUUUGUUGGCCAUUUCUGAACACCCUCCUGCCUCUGUCUCUCUCCUCUCCACAGAAGCUCCCACACAAGACGCGAAAGCUGUUCGGCACCAUGGAGCGCAUGCUGGUGAGUGGUGGUCCUGUUUAUCUUUGGACGGUGCUGGAGCCUUGUCACUGUGUCUCUCUCAUCUCUGCACCAUUCCCCAUGUGCAAAGUGCUUUGCUAUUCUUUACUGUGUUCAGUCUGCGAGCUAAAUCGCUGCUCUUCCCAUUUCACAGAUGGGGAACUGAGGCUGAAAGAGUGCUCUGCACAGUUGCCUUAUAAAGUCUAUGGCUGAGAUGUGGAUGUGAGCCCAGAUUUCUCCCUUGGGGCUUUUUGAACAGUCCUCUGUGGCUGUUGGCUCAUCCAGCAGGAGACAGGCUUCCCAAAAGAAUCCCAAGAAGGAUACCAACCAGCCCUUCAAGCUGGUGCCCAGUUGUCCUUCUACCUUUAGCUAAAGAGUCAGGCUCUUUUGAGAAGGGAUGAAAAGUCAAUUCUUGUUUAUUCUAAGGUCUUUUUUCUGCUUACGAAAUGGAACAAUUUCCCCUCUCUGUUCCCUGUGUGCUGUUCUGGGGGUUCUCCUGACCUACUGGUGGUGGGUGGCACAGAGGGCAUGGGGGGAGGUGGUGGAAAGGCCCGUUAAGCUAGUGGGAGUCCUUGCACAGGCAUCAGCCAACACACUGGGUUAGGUGAAACCAGCCCUUAGUGUGGAUGCAGCUGGGGACUCACAUAACUAUAUGCUCCAGUGCCACAAAUCUGGGGGAAGAGUUCUGUGUGCAUAGGUCUCUCUUUUGGGGGGGGGGGGCAGGGGUGGGGAAGCAUGCUAUCUUCUAAGCCUUCACCUGAAAUGGUAUAGUCCAGAAACAGACUUACUAACUUAAUUUGCUGUUGGUGAGAACUAGACUCUACUGUCCUGGACAAGCAAAGGAACACCAUUAAAGCGUAGCUUUGGGGUGAGGCGCCGUGUGCCUGAUGCACACGCAGUUGCAAACAGUCCCAACGCUAAUCUUUCUUCCUUCUUUCCAGGACCCUUCUUGGAAUCACCGGGUCUACAGGCUGGCCAUGGCGAAACUGACUCCCCCCUUGAUUCCCUUUAUGCCCCUCCUGCUUAAAGGUAUAAUAAGCUGCAUGCUCUUUACUAAAUUUACCUUGGCUGUUGGUUUGCAUGCAUAAAUGCUCUUUGUAUCUUGAGACCUUAGGGAUCUAAACUCACAAAACAUAUGAAAUUUGAAAUAAUUAAGAAAAAGCAUCUAAGACUGGGGUUUGGCCAUGGGAACUCAGGCUUGCCAUCCCUUCUGGCUCAGGGGAUUCUCACACAUGGUCAGAAGCAAGCUUUGUGUUUUCAAGCCUGUCUCAGUAACAGUACUUGACCCCUGAGCUAUGGCUCCUCUCCUGAAUGAAUGUGUUGGGUAAUGUGGAGGUGUCCUCUGAUAACCUUUGCUGCCUUGGGAGGAGUUCUGCUCUUGCUCGUUGUAUUACUUUGCAAAGGUGGGGCACAAGACUAGAUUCAGAGCACGGCUUGAGGGCACAUGAUGCAGCCAGCCUGCUGAAGUUGGGAAGAUCUGGCAAGUCCCUGGAUGGGAGACUGCAUGAUAGUCCCAUGUAUGUCACCUUGAGUUGCAUCAUGUAAGAAAGGCAGAAUAUACUAAAUAUAUAAGCCCAUCAGCUCAUCUGCUGAACUUCAUUGUCUGUACAUACUGUGCAGGGGCACCAUCGGAGGGGGAGGGAAGGCCCCCCAUUUCAAUAUUCCGUGGCCCAUCAGGCCCCAUCAGACCUACCUGCAGCUAGUGGAAGACUGCGCCAGCCUGCGUGAUGUUGGGGGCACAUGUUUGACGUCACGUGUGUGUGCCAGGCCCCUUCAAUCUUGUGGGCAGCCUGGUGCCUGAGCUACUGUGUGAUGAACAGACUCAGAUCUUUGUCUCCCUUCGCAGACCUGACAUUCAUCCAUGAGGGUAACUGCACAUUGGUGGAGAAUCUUGUCAACUUUGAGAAGCUGGUGAGUGGAGAGACAUGGCUGGGGAAACUGGGGUAGUCUUACUGUGGCAUGGUAAUGGCAGGAGGAGCCAGUAUCAGUUAGAGAAAGUUAUCAUUCCCCUGCUGGAGAGAAGAAGCUACAGUUCCCUUUUAGGUGUUGAGAAAUUUCAGUUGUGCAUAAGGACACUUUGAACAUGCUCUCUUGUCCUCUUUGUCUGCAAAUAACUCACUUAGGGGUGAGAUGAGGAUGAAACGAUUGAGCCUAACAUUAAACCUGUCUGUUCCUUGCAGCGCAUGAUGGCCAAGGCAGUUCGUCUCGUGCAUCGUUGUCGGAGUCACCCCAACCGUGAGUGGGGCAGGGGAGCAGGGGCACAAGACGGGUGUCAGUAGGGAUAAGCGGAAGCAAAGUGCACCUAACAUUCCAGAAUGGGAGCUGGAUGGACAGAUCAGCCUAACCUCAUCCCCUGCCAUUUUUACUGGCACACAAUUAUAGGUCUGCCCUGUCUUGUUUUAUGUGGAAUUUUUUUAAGAAGGGUUUGCAUUUAUAUCGUAUGCAGUAUUGUUAUACACAUUAUCAUGCACGGCACUGUAUGCAUUUCUCUCCAAAUACAUAGUUUUUGAUACUCUUCAGUGGGCUUUUCCAUAAAAUGCACAUUUUUAUCUUCAUUUAAUCAUCAUCAUCAUUUUAUUUGUAUGCCACCUUUCCAUUGUUAAAACCAUGCUCAAGGCAGCAGGCAGCAUGACAAGAUUUACAGCAUUGCAAACAUAGCAAAAGUCCCAAACAAUAAAGGAAACACAUCAAAAAGUAUUGAAACAAUUUCCACAUAAAUCCUAAUAAGAUCUAAAACUAAAGAUACAAAAAUCAAUAGCAAUGAAAAACCCCAAUGAAACAACCUAAACAAGACCACAGCAGUCAAUCAGUUUGUCAGGGCCCCUCCCUCCCAAGCCAGGUGGGGAAAGGCCAGCAAUGGAGGGAGAAGAACUUCCAGGACCCACAGCCAAUAUGGUUUCAGGAGCCUCAGCUUUUGUAGCUGGAGUCAGUCAGCGCCUUGCCCUCCCAGGCCAGGUGGGAAAAGGCCAGCAAGGCUGCAGACAGGUCUUCCAGGACUCACAAGAUAGAUAUUUUUGUGUACUGAUGCUGCAUUGCAAAAUCUUGAAACACUGCAUUCCAACCCAAAAGUUUUGGACCGUCAAAUUGGGCUGGUCUUCUGCAUAUAGUGGACCAAGCAAAUUCCUCCUCCAUCCCUCAGGGUGGACCCUCAGGUCAAUGCAUUUAAACAGAUACAAGUGUUGGAGCAGCUAGAAUGUCCUCCUCUUUCAGAGGCAAACCAUUGUGCCCUACUGCUUCUUUUGCACUAAGUUUAAUUCUUUUCAGAAUUGAUUAAACUUUCCAGCUCACCCGGACAGGUUGAAUUAGGUGUCUCUUGGAGUUCCUUCCAACUCUACAAUUCUAUGAUUAUAUAAUUCUAAGGUCUUGGGGCUUAUUGGGGGUUUAUUUCAGGGUUGAUACAGGUCAGAAGACAGAAAAAGUAGGGGUGGGGUGGGGAGGGAAGGGAAGGGGAGAGGCCAUGAAAUUGAAUUGAAAUGUUGUGAGGGCUCUAGUAUUGAAAUAAGGCCACUAGCCAAAGUCAGGCAGGUGAGUCAUAGAUCAAACAGACUGAAAGGAUGACAAAAAAUUAAAUGAUAAUAAGCAAAACGGAUUUUAAGCAGACUUUUUUUUAACCCUUCUCCUCUUCUUCCCCACUCCAGUUCCACUCUCCCCUUUGCGGAGUCGUCCUCAGCACCUCCUGGAAGAAGCCCGGGCACUGCGUGCCUCUACCUGUAAGCAAGGGAGGGGUUUUGUACACAGAGUGCUUCCCUUUUCUCUGAUUCUGCCCUUCUUUGUUCACACACUUUUUAUGGGGAAGGCACACAACACCAUUGAAAUAAUUACAUUCCAGUGUUUCGGUAUUGUCUUGAGGCUCCCCCCCCCCCCAAAAAAAAAACAUUAGUGGCGGUGAGGUUUGGGGGAGGCAAGAGGGCUACAAAACCCAGGUUCAGUAACAGUCACAGCACUGUCAGAACUUCUAGGGGCUCCCUUUUAUAAAUUGCAAGAGCUCAUGCAAAAGGUCCCAGGUUCCAUCUCGGUAGAGCUUGGAAAAGACUCCUGUCUGAGUCGGCUGCCAGUCAGUGUGGACAGUAGUGUGCUAGAUGGACUUGGCAUAAGGAAUCUCCUAGCUCUAAAUAGAAAACUUCCUUUUUUUGCAGGUUUUGCCCAUUUUAUUGCUUGCCUGAAGUGUGUGUGUGUGUGUGUGUGUGUGUGAGAGAGAGAGAGAGAGAGAGAGAGAGAGAGAUUACUAGUUUUUCCAAUUUUUGUCCUCUUUUCUUUCCAUUAAACUGAGAUCGCAAUAUUUUGCUUUAAAGGGAUAGUUAUUAAUGAAGACAUUGUGACACCAUCCAUUUUUAUAUUUAGUCCCUUUCAUAAUAAUCUCUUAGGUGGAAUUUGCUUUUUCACUACCCUUGCUUGCUGAGCUGAUGUAUUCAUUAAGCUGCCUAGCCACAACCCCAAUAUUGCAAUUGUGGGGCAGCCACAAGCCAUUUCCUAUAUGAAUGCUAUAUGAUGUAGUAUUUCUGACCCAAUGUGCCUUACAUUUACACUUCCUUACACAUCUGCAAUUUCCCAGCCCAUCUCAGUCUCCCUUUGGAGUCUACAAUUUGAUUGGCUUUUUCACACUCCUGAUUGUGCAGUUUGAUUAGCUGUUCACCACCCUGGAUAAUAUGGCAGGUGCCUAAACAAUUCAGGAUACCAUCCUGAAUAGUUCAUUUCCCGUGUGAUGUGUGCAGAGCUACAUUCAAUAUCCCCUCAUCAAACAUGUACUUUGCAGAAUAAACUGUCAAAACCCUCAGUCCCCAUGUCUCAAGGACCCAAUCCAACUACAAAAGGAUCUCUCCAAACUAAGGACUGGGUUAGGUAAGAUUCCAGGUAAGGAAAUGAUCCAAAUAAAACUUAUUUUUAGUUUUGAAGAUUUUAAUUUCUAACCAUGAGGAGCAUUAAGAAGCCAUACAGAUCACUGAACCCUCCCCCCCCCCCCGGCAAUUAGAAAUCUCUGUCACUCGCAAGAUCCUGAAUUUUACCUUGUUAAAAUUUAUGUCCCUAAAAUGAUCUAUGAAUUCUUUCAAAAUCCUUCCUUGAUAUCGGGAUCUUUUUCUUUCAGGUUCAGAGCAGUCUCUUAGCACACGAAGCCCAGCUGCUACCUGGGCCUACACCCAGCACCUGAGAGUGAUCGACAGCCAGAAGGAACUUUUGCGGCUCUCACGAGACCUCGAAUCCUGAGGCUGCCAGAAGCCGAGGCCAGGACCCGGGAUGUGCAUAUUGUCCGACCUGGGCAAAGGACUACUGAGUUAGCCCUACUUUCAAGAUGGGGAGAUACCAAGCAGAUGGGAGAGUUCUUCAUUCUCUUGGUGGUUCCCCUGCUCUCUGUUCUGCAAUCAGGAUGUAGGUGCCAGCAAUGUCCAGGCCGGAGAAAGGACAUGUCAGCUGCUACUGAUGAUGCUUUUGUAGGCUGCAAGGUUCCUGAUCCGAAGAAAGACUGCUUUAUGGACCACAUGUUGCUGCCUUAAGGAGAAAGGAGCAAAAGCUCCCAUAUAUCACUUAUCAGUGUUCAAUGGAAAUGUGGUUUUUUUCUAUUAAAAAGGCAUACAGUAAGAUUUGCUUGUGUAUUUCUGGU